AUGGGCUCGCUACCCAACCUGCACGAGUUGAGCAAAUCGGACCGGUUAGUCGUGCCCGCGCCGAUCAGGCUGUCCCCGAACCCCGGCGGCAGUGGCGGCGGCGGCGGCGGUCGCGUUUCCACGGGCAACAGUGGCGGCGGCGGCGGCACUCGCGCUCAUCACAGGCGACUGCAACAGACCAACAGCCUGUGCACCGGCAACUUUUACGGCGUCAUGGAUCGGCUGGCCGACAUGCAGAUCAACGAGGUAACAUUGUUUGUACAAUAAUAAUAUCAGUACGCGUAUCGCGAACGUUUCGAAUAAUAUUAGGGGCGAGGGUGAAUUGACGAAGUCCGGGGACACCGUCUACAGCGAUAUGAUGGGCGUAGGGUGCAUAUUAUACGACGCGUGGAGAUUUACGAGAUUUUAGUUUGGGAAUAGGUUGCAAUGGAGAAACGGGAAAAAGCCGAGUUAAACGACACUGUCGCCACGCAUCAUUGUACUGCCUGCAAUGCAUACAGCGUCGUUUCCAGCGCGCGAUCGUCGCCCCCACUGCGAAUUCCGCACGGGAGACCGCGGUUUCGUGCGUACCCUGUAUACGCAUACAAUAAUAAUAGUUAAUGUGUUCGCGCGAAAUAUUUAACCGGCACCGUGUAUAACGAAUUUCCGUUCAGUGCCGCAACUACGUGUGCGAGUGUGGGGAGGUAGUGUGUGGGGAAUCGCUGGCCAGUUUUAUGCGGCCCGCGUGCACCGUAAAGACCUAAACCCCGUUCCGCUUACCGUUCGGCGGUAAUAACCGAUUUAAUCAAAUACAAUUCGGCCCAUCGUUAACACCUAUCAGUGGCUGGAGGGUUCCUCGCGCCUCCAGUACAUCCCAACCGACCCCCGGUUGUUGCGGCGCCGCCGGUAAAAACGCUGCACUAAACCUAUACCCGCGAAAACGGAUCCGAGCGGGCAUUUCCGAAUCCCCCCCCCAAAAAAAACAAACAUUUUUAACCCUCCGAAAACAACGUUUUACAAUAUUACUACGGUGUACAGUACUAAAAUAUGUUUAAAACGUUUAUCUUCCGAAACCAUUUUUUUGCGUACACUAUCGUGGUUUCUCGUUUUUUUUUCGCGGUUUUCCCCGACCAUUAGGAAAACCUGACUACUGAACCUACUACACAAAAUUGUCGUACCAGAAACCGUUGCCGAAGUUGUUGACCGGAUCGACAUUUCCGCGGUACGAAUGUUAUUCACAGCAGGAGCUGAUCCAGAGCUCAAUUUUGAAGGGGGGGGGGAGGCGAAAGUGCAAAUGUAUUGCUGAAAAUAGUAAAUCAAAGACUUUGUGAACCGAAACAUAAUAUUUCAUUACGGUGUUUGGGGAGCGGGUAAUGACCCCGUUGCCUCCCUGGAUCCGCCGCUGAUUCACAGAAAAAAAAAAAAAAAAGCCACACAUCAUAAUAUCGUAAUAAAACCAAUACGUUGCUCGAUUCGCUCAGAAAUGACUCGGGCUAAUUUGAACGGUGAUGCGGUAACAAUACGAGGGCGCGUGACGGAAAUGCAGACGGAGCGACGGUGAUGUCGGACACACACGGAAAUCACGGGUUAAAUUACAAGAGCCGUGUGGCGGGUAUAAUUACUAUACGACCGAACGAUGUCAUAUCCAUGGAAAUAAGCCCGGGACAAAGACGGAGGGCAAUAAGAAUACUGGGUGUACACGCACGCGUAAUUAUUGCCGCGUAUAGUCGCUCAGUAUAGGUUUUUCAUUUUUCCGCCGGAAAAUAUUUGAAACCACCUCCGUACAGCCGUUCUACACACACUGUGACGCACAGUGGCCUGAAUCGUAAUUUAACUUGCCUAAAUGGAUUAUCUUUAAAUUUUAACUGAUACGAUAGUGUGAUACAUCAAACCCAAAUUGACCCAGCUAAAUGGAAUAGAAUUGUAGUUGAGGAGGGGUAAGGAAGUGUAAUAAAUUGCAUAUUUAUUUUCAAAUGAUUAAUCGAUGACUCCCCCCCCCCCCCGAUGGCAUUUUGUGUAUGAUAUGCAAGUAUCAACGAUGUUCCAUUUGCUGGUUUCAACUUUUAACGCCCUACCCUAAUGUCUGUUUGUAUGUUACCAAAAAACUACUUUAAACUUAUUUCGAUAAAACUUUGUUCAAUCCCUUGUUACCUAGUAACAACAACAAUAAAAAAAAAAAAAAAAAAACCACGAAACGUAAUGGUAACAACUAGAGUACGUGAGAAAAAAUUCGACUUCAGUGCGCGGGUCCUGCUGCUCGUGUGUUUUUUUCUUGUCUUUGUACUUAUACUUAUACUAAUACUUUUCUAAACACGGUAAAUUGUCAAUAACUUAUUGGGAGGGGGGGCUGGAAUCCUCUCAGAGUCAUCCCUCUGGGUACGCCGUCACCGGUCUUGAAUAAUUUAGCGAUCAUUAUCGUAUCGUCGGUCUGUUUACCGUGCUGCUCGAUUCGUGUUUAAUACGGGUGUAUGAUUCGCAUUAUAACAAUACGGUGUAAGUACUGUAACGUUAAAUUUCAGAGCUUUGCUUUAAUAAUAUGUACGUGGUUUUUCGAAAUCCAUUAACCGGCCAGAAUUUUAGUUAGGUGCGCUCAAACUGCGAUAAAAUAUGUAAAUGAUAUGCGCCCAAGAUGAACGAGGGGUUCACGGUUUUUUGUAAAAAAAAAAAAAAAAAAAUCCCGUAUAAAGAUAUAUAAAAAGACUUCAUUUUCUAUUCUCUCGACCAUAUUACCGUGAUCUCUAUACAAUUAUGCUGUUUCGCGUUUUAAUAUUACAUACAAUGUGCGUACAUAUAUAUUUAAUAAUUUAUUAAAAAAAAAAGUAUAGAUACACAAGAUCCGUUGUAUUGAGAUGGUACUCGUAUAAGCGUUUUUUUUUUCCUUUUUAGAUUCUGAGUGUACCGAAGAACGUAUUGGUUUUUUAAAAAAAUGUUUUAUUUUUUUUUUUAUGUGAACACUUUUUCUAUUAGAUUAGAUUACUUCGAUGUAUAUGAUGUAGACCCUUUUCUGAAAGAAAAUCUUUUCGCUUCUUCCCUUUUUUUUUCUACAUCGCCAUAUUGCAAUAGGGCUCAAAGUCCGUAUGUUUGAAUUAAACAAAUAAAUAUGCUGUGAGGCCGGCUGUUUUGAGAAAAUCUAUGAUUCUUAAUUCUUGGCCGGCUUCAAAUGUUUCUUUGAUUGAGGUGAGCGUUAUUUUUUUGAUUUUGUUCGGGCGAGUUGAUAAAUGGAAAAUUCUAAGAAAAUGUGUCCACAGAGAGUACCUACGCAGAAACACGUUUCGCACGUGGAUUUUGGUUCCCUGCGUAUUGCGUAUGAACGUGGAAGUUAUGUGUGGCCAAUACGUACUCUAAUGACCACGAUCUCUUCGUGCCGGGAGGAUGUAGCCAUUUUACGGUUGAAGGUCUAAGCAUUUUGUUUAGUUUGUUUUCUGUUUGUUUCCCGUGGGAUUUGCUAUAAUGAGUGGCAUUCGAUUCAAAGAGCAUGGAUUACAUCUAAUAAUUGUUGUAAUUUGUUUUGUAGUUAUAAAUUUAAAACUAAUACGAUAGUUUGAAUAUUUAUGUGCACCAAACUAUGUUUUUGCGAUCUUUGUUCAGAGUGGUUUUUCGCUAUCAAUGAUUUAUCGUCGCUGUGUACAGUAAUAAAUUGAACUGCUCUGACAUUGCAAUGUUUUAUCCAACGUUCUCUGGGAAUUUUUUAAAAUUUUUUUGUUGUUGUUAUUAAAUUGCAUUGAUAUAUUAUUGCGGUCACAAAACGAACAAUAAGCUCGUUUUAACCGUACAGCGGUGCGCAUAGGGGCAUUGGGUGGUUUUAUGCGACUACACCUAUCCCCAUCCGUUGGCCAUUUAAAAUAAUAUAAACCAUUCAAAAUUGAAAACUUAUGUGUAACUCAAUUUUUUCGUAACCUUAUUAUUUUAACGACGAUGAAUAUGUUUUCACUCGAUCAUGAAUGAAAAAAAAUAAUAUACAUACACACAUAUAUAUAUAUAAAUGCCUUGCCUCCACGGGUUUUCAACGUUAUAAAGGUUUGCUUAUAAAGUUUAGAGCGCCGUCUUCGGUACAUUCAACAGUCAUUCGGGUUUAUAAACGAUUCGUGUACUUAAACUUUUGUUUAAACUUGAAAUUUGUUCGUACUACAACAAUACCUAUGCGGUGUCAAUAAUAAAUAUCAACUCUCGUCGUCGUUUCUGUUGCGAUCCUUGCGAUUCUGAGCAGCGAGCACUGCACGUGUUCUUGAUAACGGAGAAAGACGGGAAUAUUUACACAACAAGGGUUUUUUCGAAUUCCGAAUUCGGUUUGUUUUUUUUUUUUUUAUCGUCGUGAGCUUGUUUUGUUUUACUGAUUCUGUCUGUUAAAAAAAAAAUUUCCUAUCCAAAAUAUGGCUCCGGAUUUCAAUUGCAUCGUAUUUUCCGAAAACAAAUUGCACCUAGUUGGUUCUGAUUGGGAGGUCAGUUUUUCUUAUAGUUCCCUUAGUAGCUGCGAAACGUCGGGAAUGGUUUUUCCUAUACAAACGUAUAGGAAAAACGGGAAAGUUUACGAAAGUUUUAAUAUAAUCGAAUUUUUUUUUUUUGCAAUUCCUUAAUGACAAAUGCAUAAUCGUAGACACGCGAUACAUUCACCGAAUAGUUAUAUAUUAGCGUUUUCUACAUGUGAUACCAUUUUCAAAAUAUUUUGGCGACUGAUUGAAACACUAUACUUUUUUUUCUGAAAACAAAUUGUUUUGGGUUCUCAAAAAAAUGUUUCGGAAAAUUUGAUACUCGGUCCAUAAUAUGUCAUACGACUUGUGUGGUACUAAACGGAAAAAAAAAAGACCGUUGUGCGUUGCAGUGUCGUAAUUCAUUUUCAUACAAGCGUUCCGACCGCGUCUGCUGUUCAACAAAACCCAACGGUUUUAACGAACUUCACAGGAUAAUCGGAAUACCGCGGCAGACUUAAAAAAUUACCAAUUACAAUAAAGAUCGGCGUUUCGCCUUACGGGGUUUCGACGGGCGGCCGACGUGCCAAGUCCGAAUUGACGACGAAAUCCGUUAGAAAACAAUAUCGCUGUGGUUUAUUUUGUAAACUUGUAAUUUGCACACGGGCUAGGUUAAAGCGUUUGUUUUUGCAUUUCGACAGAAACCGUUCUCGCCGACGUCGAUGAGAUCGACGGCGUCCACAACCAACCGACAGCUGGCGACGUCCGCCGCGGCGGCCGCCUCUGUUCCGGCGCCGACCGGCAACAAGCGGCGCGACUCGCAGUCCAGCUCGGCGGGCGCCUCGUCUGUGCGCCGUCUCAUCCAAGUCGUCCGCUCCACGCCGUCCAACUCGGGACCGGCGUACAACCGCCGUUUGUUGUGCCGCAACUACGUCACCCUGUGCCUGGGACACGGCGCCGCCGCAGCCGCCCUGAUACCCUUCUUGGCUCUACAGGUCCGUACCAUACACCUCAUUAUAAUAUUAUCAUUACCUACGUUACGAAUUAUACGGGGUGUUCCGAAUCGUAUGCGACGAUCGUGUCGAUUAGUGCAGUCUCCUUCUGCUUGUUCUCCGCCAUCCCAACUAUUUGCGGUCGGUCAGGGCGGGUCCUAAACUUCCAUUUGACUCGAAAUCCCGCCGAGUAUAACAUCGGCCGUCUGCGUGCCAUUCAUUUUUGGCCUCACUCUGCCGCUACGUUUAUAUACCUCAUCGCCUCAUCCUACGGGUUUUCACGCCUCUCUCUGUCCUCAUGACGCGUCCAAACCAUCUUGGCGUAUUUCCUCUCAUUUCGUCUACGAUCGGAACCACACCUGCUAUGCUUCCUCUUAUGUACGCAUUCCUUAUCGUAUUUUCUCUCGUCUCUCCACUCAUCCAGCAAGCAUUCAUCAUAUCUGCCGAGAUAUCUUUUUGUUCUAUUUUUCAGUAUACUUUUGAACACUUCAAACCGUACAAAAUAUGCUGUAGCCGGUCUCACCGCGCUUUUGGAGAACUUGUCUUUAAGUAUCAUUGGAAUUCUCUUGUUACAUAAAGCAUCUGAUGCCUCUCUCCAAUUUGCCAAUCACAAUUAUUGUUAAUCCUACGAUUCACAUCCCCUCGUCAAAGCCACUAUUCGUUUGUACAAAAGAUCCUUAGUAUUUGAAACUCCCAAUCUCGUCUUUUACGUCACCGCUUAUUGUCGUUAGCUGUCUUGUACUGUACUUCAAAACUCAUAUUUUAUAUACUACGCUGUUUUACUUCUACUUAUCCUUAGUCCCUUUUCUUCAAGUCUUACUCUUCAUUUCUCAAGUCUACUGCUAACUUCUCCCGAAUUUUCUCCUAUUAAAGCUAUAUCAUCUGCAUUCAUCAUGUGCCUCUUUCACCUGUUGUCCCCACGCACAUGUCUCGUUUAGAACUUCUCAUACUGUUUUACCGUGUAGAUUUUUAGUAAAAGUAUUUAUUUUUGUUUUAAACAAACAUAUUACCUUUAUGGGAACACCUAUUGUAAUUUGUCGGCAAUGUUCCGGUAAAACGGUUUCCGGCAAACUGUACAGGCCUAUCGUGUCACGUGAUCUGUCAAUAUCGGUAAGUAUUAUCUUUACCUACCUACCUUUUUUUUUUUUUGACUUACUUCGUUCUGGCCGUUUCUUUGUAUUUUCCGCUAUUUCUCCUUAAGUCGGUCGUUAUGUUUUUCAUCCAGGGUUCUUGGGGGGAGGAGAGUUCAUAUAAACGAGGUGCUGAUCCUUUUAUACAGGCCGGCGCCGUAAAAUAUAAAACCGCGUCCCAAAACGAGUCAACCGAAAUCGGGAUAAUAGCGUAUCUAUAUAAAACAACAUUUUUCUUUUCUAAUCCGAUAAAAACCAUACAAAACCAUAAAAAAAAAAAACAUCACAUGAACACAAGCUUACGUUAUUGUUUUUUUUUUUUUAUAACCACCCGGCAGCUUAUGAUCCAGACGACAAAAGUCGUGUACACUGUGAAAAAAUGAUAAUAUUACAUAAUAUUCUCUAAACAUUUCAAUGAGUUAUAUGAAUAGUUUGAUAGGUGUCUUCAUAUGCGGGGCACAGGACAACAAAGGUUGUAGUAGUUAAUUGUUGAAUUGUUCAGCAGAAUCAAAUUUUUCAACAAAGCUGCACCGAUUACAUUAUUUUUUAACCAGUACUGAGUACAUCCAAUAUUUUACUUACAAUAUAUUACUAUUCAACUGAAUGUAAGCGAACAUUUGCUAAUAGUCUAAAAACACCAUCCGAAUAGUACCAUUAUAUCAAAAUUGAAAACUAAAAAUGGACUUAUAAUAUUUUUGCCCUGCGCCCUUCACAAUGUGUAAUAUUGUUUAUUGAAAUUAAUGUUUUAUUUUCUUUCUUUUAUGGUUAAAAAUGUCAUAUGAUUAAUUAUAUUUUAGCUGACACUAUUAUUCUAAGGUUACACGGCUACCCUCUUUUUCCCACCAUGUUGGCGAGUGGAAUGAAAUUAUUAUUCCUAUAUUUUCCACCACGACACAAUAAUAUUCUCAAUGAUCCAUCGCUCCAUCGCUAACAUUAAAAUCAUCCUCUUGGGAAAUCAAUGAUCAGGUGAUUAUCAUACGAGGUAUACCUAAUUCGUUAUUCUACAUAAUAAACAAAUGUAAAAUUCUAUAGGUAAAUUAAUUUGUUAGAAUUACUAAUGUAGCAAACUUUGACCGCGGCCGAUGUAAAAAUUCCGGUAUUUAGCAUUAUCGAGCACGCGGUAUAAUCGAAAGCAUUACGACAUGUCAAAAAGUAUGAACCUAACAAAAUAUAUUACAAUGUAAACUAAUCUUUUUCAGGAGAGUCCUAAACCCAACCUCGGAUUGAUUUAUAGAUGAGGUAAACACGACGUGUUUAGAGACUAGACAAUGGCAGGGGCUAUUUUUUACUAGUUGUAUAUAAUAGAGAAACUAAGCAUAUUAUUCAAACGUUUUAAAUAUGUAUCUAGUAUAAUUUUGUGUCAUCAAAUGAAAAUCAUUUAUGAGGUACCUACUUUUACUGCUAAAGUUGCAGGUGUUUGUUAAUUAUACAAAGUUCAUCCAAUUAAAAAACUAUGCGAAAAUCAUAAAUAAUGGUUCUGGUAAAGGGAGAGGUAUCGGAUCCACUAGACGUAGGUAAAGGACUAAGAGUGACAUUUAAUUCGAUUAUUAAUUUUAUAUUAGAGAGUGUGUUAAGGAAAAUGUAGCCACAACAUACGUAGAUAUAGAAUUGAAGUAAAUAUAAAUCAUGCGCUCCCUUAGCCUAUGAUAUUUCUAAUAAUUAAGGGCGAUACGAAGGAGAUGGUACUGCAAGCAGUAAAUCGGAAUUUUACUCAAAGAAAGCUGGCCAGCAUGUGGGGUUGUCGAUAAACCAGGAAAAGAUCAAAUGCAUGUAUAAUAAUAUGAUUAGUUAGGCACGUUUAGGAUUUAGGAGAUGAGUUAGAUUUAGAAGUCGACGGAACACCCGUUCAGCAAGUUCAUGAUUUUAAGUCAAAGUUACUGUCUAGAAAAAUAGAAUUUAUGUGCCGCUCAUCUUAGACCAGCUGUGUCGUAUGCCAGCUGUAUCUGGGUUUGGAGAGCAAGCGAUAAGAAUUGUCCGGUUUUUAUCUUUGACCCGUCUAUAUUUUACUCUAUAUAAGCCCGACACUCUAGUGUGGGAGAAGAGAAGGUCGAAUGAACAGUAAUUAAACAGUAAAUGCGUGUUAUAUUUUUUUCGCACGAGUGUUCUAAAAUUUGUAUGCAUUUGUUCAUAUAGGUAGUUAAACAUAUAUAUAUGUGUAUAAUUUAAAAUCGGUGUGAUCUAUAUCAUAUCGAUUUGUAUCAAUCAACAGUAGUGUACCGGCGAAACAUUUUGCAAAUUCAAUACGACAUCCUUUUUCUAUCGCGCGUGCAUUGAUGCAUAAUUCACGUAUCGCGGCGGAAAUAAAAACCUCAGCCUUGCGAUGUUAUUGGCAUACCUACACUAAUAAUAUACUGUCGACCGAAUCAAAACACGAGCAUACCGAUCGAAUGCGAACAUUCCCGCCUACAUAACGACUGAGAUUUCCAGUAAGCAACUUGAUUUUAUUAUUUUUUUUUUUUUUUUUUUUUUUUGUAUUAUCAUUAUUAUUACAAUAAACGGAGAUAUGGGAUGAAAUCGAUUUUGGUGUUUUCAUCAAUAUCAUUCCAGAACCUUGUUUGCGGUACGUUCACAAUUAUUGUUCAUUGUCAAUUCACAGAAUAUCAACUUAUAAUUUUCAAAUUACUGCAACUCGCUUUUUCCGUAUUUUCCGCGCCGACGGUUCAACGACGAGUAAUAAUAAUUCUUGAGGGGAUGAUGAAAAGUCGCUGAUCGUCACCGUCUGCACGUAAACAUAUCAUACAUUUCUAAAGGCCCAUUGGAAAUCGAGAGCUCUCAUUUGCUGUAUUGCGUUUGUGAUAACAUUAAACAAUUAUCACUAUCCAAUGUUCUUAAAUUAAAUUAAAUAUAUAUAUAUUUUUUUUACACUUUAUUAUUUCGAUUUAUUUAAUAUAAUAUGAAUUAUCCAGCAUCGUUUACAUAUGAAAUUGUCAAAGGUGACAAUGUUAAUAUUAUUUUAAAAUAUGAUGCUAAGUCUUUGGAAGACAUAUUUAAUGUAACUACUAAGUAAUAAACUAUUAUUAAUCAUAAGCUAGCAUUAAGCUAGUAUUACAUGUAAAGCUUUUUAAUUCAUAAAUUGUAAAUCCAAUCAUGUAUAAUGAAAUUAGGCAUGUUUAAAUUUGUUUAAAAAAAACGUUUCAUUUUUGAAUUUAGAUUGAAAAGGACAAUAUGUUAUCAUUGUUAUCGUAUCCGUUUGAGUUAUUGUUGCUGUCGUUAUUUCGUUAUUUCGUUAUCAUGCAAAAUGUGUCUCUUCUUAUUCUUUUUCAUUAUUAUUUUGCAACAUAAGAGAGAGCCAAGGGGAUAAGUCAUCUACGAAGGAUGUUAGUUAAACGAAUAUCUUCACCGCCUCACCGGUUAAUAUGAAUUGUAACCGUACCAAAAUGGUUUGGUGACCAUCAAUUUGUGACUCUCAAUGAAUUUGAGGAUUAUAUUUCAAAUUGGUAUAAAUUAUUAUAUUAUUUUAUAUGUUAUUAAAUUAUUAUUAUAUAAAUUAUACAACUAUGUACUAUGUAGAAUUACUAAAAACCUCAACAACAUAUUCCAGGGGGAGGGGCACAACUCCCAACCCCCCUAGUUGCGCCACUGUAUAUAUGUAUUGUAAAUUGUAUUGUCUCCGUAUUACAAAUGCCCGACGUGACAGAUUUGUGUUUAACAUAAAUAAUUUUACGUUGUAAGUUUUAAUAGAUAAGUAAAUUAACGGAUAUUAUCAAACUUAAAAGGAAAAAAAUUGUCUGUGUUUUUACGUUGAUUUUGUUAUCGUGUUUUGAAGUUUGACUGGCCCAUUAUCAAACUUAAAGUGGAAAUUUUAAUUUUUAAUCGAGAUAUAAGCAUUUAUAAACCGUGUAUAUUUCACACGAAUAUCCUGCUUAAUAAUUAAAAUAGUGAAAACAACAAUCUAAAAUUAAAACUUAUGGUGCAAAAUCGGUUCUGCUGAACGAAAAUAUGCUAUAUUAUAGCGUUAGCAGUAAGCCGGAGACUGGGGGUAUAUUAUAAUCAUGCGUAUAGCGUCCUCUUAAUAUUAUGCGAAAAAAAAAAUCGUUGAAUCAUGAUAAAAACCACUCAGUAUAAGUUUGUUCCCGAGGGUGGAACAAAAGAGCGAACAAUGCUGUGGGUGUGUUACUGUUGUAGGUGGAAAGUAGAAAAAGUAAAUUUUAAUAUAGUUUUAUUUAAUUUAUAUCUGUACGUAAUAAUAAAUCUCUGUUAAUGAAAUACGAUUCUGAGCGAUGUUCGGUUACACGUAAUAUUUUGAAAAUCCGUAAUCAAUUUACAAUUUAUAAUUUUCGCCAAAAUUAGAAUCUAUUUAAAAUUCAAAUAAGAAAAAAAAACAAUUUAUUAAACAUUAAUAUUUAAUGUUUUUUGACCAACAAGUACCCACAGCUUAAAACGAAUCUCGUGUUAAAUUUUCAUCCAUUUAUGUUUGACCAAAAAAAACUUAAAAUUAUUAUCAAAUGUCCAUAAACAGUUAAACACCUUUUAAAAAUUCUGCUCUGUUUAGAAAUGACUAAUAUGAGCGUUCUGUGAAAUGUUCAGGUCUUUACGUUCAUUGUUAGCUAAAUUAUUACAACAACAAAAUCGUAAAUAACAAAAUCGUUUCGAGGUAAAAUUUGUUCGUUUUUCCCUAUGUUUUUUUUUCGUCCAAUUAACUUUGAAAACCGUUCAGAAAAUCAAAAAAAAAAAAAAAAAAAAAAAAAAAAAAAUUACCUAACGCAACUGACUGCAGGAUUCGAAAUUCUAUAAAAAUAUUACUCUAAGUCAUUCGUCUUGAUCGGAGCCGUAUUUUCGGUAGAAAAGUCGCGAGUAUUUACGGACGGGGAGAAAAAGAUAACGCCAGCGUGUUGUAGAACCGACACGUAUCUCGUUCGGGAGGGAGGAAAAUAAAAAGUUACGACAGUAUCGCGACACAUAAUAUUGUCAUACGGUAGACAGUGCUGUAAUAAUGGUACUUUAAAUUAGUAUGUAGAUGCAGACACAGAUACUCUACUUAAAAAAAGUAUCUAGACAGCAUAUAUAAAUACAGAUACAUUUUAUUCGAAAGUAUCUAGAUACAGAUAUAAGUAUCUUAAGAGUAUCAUAGGGUACAUUUAAGAAAACCGAUAUUUUUUUUUAUAAAUACCUAUUUAAUUCAUUACAAAUAUAGAAUUACAAAACUCUAACAAAACAAGUAAUGAGUGCAUAGUUUAUAAUACAAUAAUUUUUAUUUACAUUUUUUUUGUCAUUUUUCGAAUAUAAUUUUGUUCUUAUAAAGUUAAAAGUUAUAAUAACACAAUCGUUGUCAGUUAUAAUACAUAAGAUAUAACGAUAUUAAAAUAUCGGUUGAUUAUCGGUAAACAUAAAAAAAAAUAAUGGGUACUAUCCACUUGUCAAUGCACCAUAGUCAUACGCUCAUACAUAAUAAUUUAUAACAAUAAAAAAAUCGGAUUUCCUUCAACAAUAAAUGGUUGAUAGUUUUGUUUUAAAAACACUAGAUUUUAGAAUUUUACGUUUUAUUUUUGUGUUUUUUUGAAUCGAAAAAGUAAGAGCUGUAUAUUAAAAAGCACGUUAGACACUUUCAUUAAGAUGCACAAUAUUUUGUGCCUAAGUUACAGGCACGGGUACGUUUCUAUAGAAAGUCUCUAGAUACAGAUACGAGAGACAAAGAUACCGUAGUUUGAAUGUAUUACAGCACUGACGGUAGGUGUAUUGUUAUACCGACGACGACGGUGCGAAACGGACGCGAACGUUUCCGUCUGUGGAAACAGUGGGUACAAUAUCAUUGUUAUCAUUGUUGCGCAUCCGUGUACGCCGACGCACGGGAAAUAAAACGACCCCUUGUCCGGUUCCGGCCCCGGUUCCGUAUUCCGACGGCGAUUUAUCGGGCGAAACUCUAAACGGGACGCUACACCGGCCGUUACGUCCCGCAGCCACACACGUGUCCCCAUUAUUAUUCCCCAUUAUUUUUUCCGAAAACUCCCGGAAAUUUAAGAUUCAACGGUCACGCGUUUAUAAGUUUACGCACUGGGUUAGUUCAACGACAAAAAGUGGUGAAAAUCGUUCAAAACCCUCGCAGGGAUACUAUACAGAAUGUAGGUAAUUUUACGAAAAAUGUUACAACCGUACCCCGCGGUCUCCGCUAUGCACACCGCCGCCUUCGUCGUCGUCCGCGGCAGGUGCGUACCGAUAAAAUAUUAUGGAUCGGCCGGAAUUUCAAAGGGGGGAAAAAAAAAAAAGAAAAAGAAAAAGAGACGUGCCUAUAAAAUGUAUAUAGGUCAACGACUACGGCGGCGGCGGCGGCGGCGUAAAAUAAUUUUCACCGCGGAUGUCGGGCAGAAGAGAGAGCCCGCGCUGAAGUGGCGAACCGUCAGACGAGAGACCGCGGAGGAGUACCUGCAACCUGCGUCGCGCGCAUUUUAUUAUAAUAUAAUGAAGUUAUACCGCCGUUGGACGAGAGAGUUGGUGGGAGGGAGAAAAAAAUGAAACGCACAUUUUAUUAAUUUUUUUUUUUUCCAUUACAAAACCGUACAUGGACAUUGUUCGAAAAGAUCCGAAUAACCCACGCACGAGAGGAUUUUCGACGGAUUUGGUCUGUGGUGGAUUAAAUCCGAGCGUGUGUGGUGUUCUAAGGAUUAAAUCCUCGCGAUCGAAAAUCCGACAGAUUCAGUUCGGCGGCGGAUCAAUUUUCUCGCUUUUUUUCCACCGAUUAAUCGUACCGGGUCUGGCGCACAUUGACAAGACAUUAUUAUUAUUUACCCGGUGAUGAAUUUUUAAUUCGAACCCGGUCGUACAAUACGCAUAUCAUAAUACUCCAGGCGACGCAUUCAUUUAUUUAUAUUUUAUUUCUUAUAUUUAUUUACUAUAGUUAAUUUAUUAAACGCAAUCUCGUCGUCGUCGUCGAUAUCAAUAAACCGUAUUAAUCGAACUCUGCCUGAGUACCCGUCUACGGGAAUUGGUGGGUUUGUCAUAUCCACUCAUCCCUUAAUCGCGGUCUCGUUUUCGGUUUCAUAACUUCAAUGCAAUAAAAAAAAUGAAUAAAUAUAUAUAUAUAUAUGUAUAUAUAGAAAAUAUUAUUAUAUUCAGUUUGGAUGAAAUCGCAAUAUAGGUUUUCGAGACUGAAACGCAGCGUAUUUUAUAACCCCGCAAGACAUAAUAGUGUAUCCAAUAGAACCGAGAAGUUUACAGACCGACUGUAAAAUACCGAAACGUAUUACGGGGAAAGCUUAAAAAAAAGUCACGGGGUCGGUAACUUUCUAACUGUUUUAAGUUACUGUGUUUUAUCUUUCGUUCAAUUAAGAAAUGACUAUUAUCGAUUUACCCAUGUACUAUUAUAACAUAUUGGCCAAAUUUGUAUUGAACGAAUACUAUAAUGUGUAUUAUUCAGUUGCUACGUAAAAAAAAAUAAAAAAAACCGUUGACGUAAAACUAACCAGGGCCAAAAUAUGAACAUGAGAAGAGUUGAUAUCUAUGACGUACGGUUUGAAGAAUUCGGAUGAUAAUAAUAAUAGGGACGAACGAAGGGAAUUUCCAAUAGAGGCCAAUCGAUAUGAAUGGACGGAAUGGUCGGAAACUGAGAAAUGAGAACAAACAGUGCAAAAACAAAAAUACUGUAGUUGGUAUGUGCGUGGUCCUAAAAUAAAACUGGCUAUAUAUUUAGAGUGUCGGUAACUAGAAGAAGCGAAUGAAUUUGCGUUACUUAUUGGAUUACUUAUUGGUGGGGGUAAAAUAACGUCGAACGGUAACAGCACCGAAUAAAUCGUACAACGUGCCAAUGUGAGUGUUUCGGUCGAACAAAAAGAGCUUAUAACAACAUAAAACUGAUUAUCACAUUGAAGAAAAACGCUAAUAAUAACUUAGGUUUUGAGCAUAUUGUGACCUAUAAAUGCAUGCGAAACAAUGGUUACAAGUAAAACCGAGGGAGAAAAAAUUGGAAGCUAUUUACAAACGUGAUGCUGGAGACGGAUGGGGAGGAUAAGCUGGGCGGAAUGAAAAAAUAACGAGAGAGCGCAGGAGAGACUAGAAGUUUGAUGAAAAUCACUAAAAUACCUCAUUGAAAAUUGAAUGGGCACACAAUAAUGAGACGCCCGGAGGAAUUGCGUAGCACAAUUUUAAAAGGUAUGGUCGAGAGGAUGAGAACAACUGAAUGCAACCCUUUUAUAUUAAGGCAUUUAGAGAAAACCGCGGGAGCGGUCUUUUAUAGAAAUAUAAAGGGAAUUACAGUUAAAGUGGUGAAUUGGAUUAACUGCAGUAUAUCAACCUGCAAAUAUAAUGUGUGUACCGUGUAUACCCCCCUCCCCCCAAAAAAAUAUAAUUAGACAUGUUUAAAAUUUAAAAUUAAACUGAUCGACAUUGAUACUCCGGCUAAACUCGUAUAUCCGUAAAGUGGUAUGGGUGUAUUAUAAUAGUAUCAGACAAUCGGAAAGGAACACCUUCAUUCGACGUGCGCACAUGUGAAACACGGCUCUUUACAAAAGGAUACGGGAAAACAGUGUCUUGUUUUAGAAAGAAUAUAUUAUACUCAGACGACGUAGUAACUAAUAGAGAUGUGCACCGAAUCUACCGAAAACCCGGUAUCCAUCAAUUUAAAUUGCCUAAUGACCGAACGACAAGAGUGGAUACGCCAUGUCCGUGUGGUCAAACGGCAUUUGUUUGGAGAAGACUUUUGAUAGGGAAACGUGAUACGUGGGAAAAUACCCAUACGGACAAUGGAAAAUAGAACAACGGAGAGUAAAUAGAGCGGAUUGAGAAUAGCGGAGGAAUGCAUUAUUAGAGUUCGUGCGUAAGUCCUACACGGGCCGGUAAAAGCUCAAGAAUAAACGGAAGGAAAAGAUACUGUUGCAGUUCUCGCGUUAAAGCUAUUCGUAUGAAAUAUAUGAAUAAUGCAUUUCAAAAAAACCAUUUUUAACCACGUAUGUACCGAAAAUCUCGCGAGAGCGCGGCGAUUUGUGUUACGCGAUUAUUAUUUUAUUCCGAUUUUCGCAUUAAUUUACCGGAUGGCGAACCGUGAUGAACCCGGAACACAUUGAAAAACGGUGGCCCUACCAUAAAGUAUAGGUGUCGGUACGCGUUAUAUGUAGUGUUUAAUCACGUACACAUGUAUUAUAUAUUAUAAAGUUUUCAGACGUCGAAACUUUUUGACCGUGACGCGUGCUGUCCGGAGAAACUGAAAAAAAAAAAUAAAUAAAUCAAAAAGAUAAAAAACGACAUACGUACGUUAUUUAGUUUUAAAAUUCAUGUGCUACAAACGCGUUUCCGUUAUAGCCACGAAGGCGGUGUCAGUUUUCUUUGAUGUAAUUCGGUGUCCUCUGUUUAUUCCGUUCUCGACCGUAUACCAAUACCAAAGACGAACUAGUGAGAACGAUGAUUGGACGGUGUUUGUAUAAAAUUGUUUAGAGUGACAAAACUUUUCAUUAUUUUUUCAACCGCAAGUAAAAUUAAAAAUAUUUUUUUACUGACAAUUUAAAAAUAAAACUUCUCGGAUUGAAUUAUAGUUUGGCCUUCGGUGGUUUUUAUUUUUUUUAAAUUUCGAGCGGGGAGGGAUGAAUUAGGUUCUGCCGUGGGGUGUACGAAUUAUUUUUUCCGUCUGUUAACACAUUUUCAAUCAAAAGUCUUGUUCCAAUCAAUAUAUUAAAUGAGAGCUUUUUGUGUAGUUUUAGUUCGCGCAUAGGUCGUUUAAUAAUUUUGCUCGUAGUUUUCUUACUACUCGGUAUGAAACGUAGGGAACACGAAGAAUAUUUACAGAAAUAACGGUUUCGUCAUUUUCGAUUUUUAUUAUUGUUGUUAUUCUGUUGAAUUAAUUGUAAAGAUCUGGCAUUUUGAUAGAAUAAUUGUAUAGGCCUUUUUCCAUGAUGUUCCGGGUCGCAUUAGAAAAAAAAAAAAUAAAAAAUAAUAAUAAUACAAACACACAUCACAAUAUUACAAUCAAACCAAUAACAUUACUAGCUGUUCUUUCUAUAAUAUGGUACAUUCAGCCCGAUAACAUCACGUCAGUGUCUCGAAAAACAAAAAAAAAAAAAAAAAAACCACUGUCGACAGUUACAAUAAUACGGGGUAAUCCGUCCGGACGGGUUGUUAUUUUUUUUUUAUUUUUUUGUUCUCCCGAGACGGACGCAUAAAGGAAUUCGCUCGUGAUCUACGUAUCUACGCGUUUUCUUUUCGUUUGUCGCGAAACGGUUUUUCGAAAUGCAAAUAGUUUCCUGCGGGUAAUUUGAAUCUGCGGGCGAUUCACGCUUACAAAAUUCUCUAUAUUAUAUUAUAAUGGCUCGCUCGUCGCGUGUGAAUGCGAUCGUCGCGGUCUGUAUUUCCGGAAGAUUUUCGUCGUUAUUCGUAUCCAGACGUUUAAACAAACACGACAAAAAAAAAACCUCGGGUUUUUUCCGUUUUCUCAUUUAAGUUUAAUACAGUAGUGAUGUAAAUGUAAACAAGUCUGUGCGUUUUUUUUUUUAGUUUCUGAACAUAACGAGGGAUCUAUUGGUUUUGCCAUGAUGUGUGUGUGUGUGUAUGUGUGUUUUUUUUUGUGUCUGUAAGCAACUUUUUUACCCGAUAUCUUGCUCUAAUCAAAAAACGACAAGAGACAUUUUUUUGUUGCAUUUCAGAUUUACUUGGUGAGUAAACGAAUAGUUUUUUACUCACAAUAUUGUCUGAUCGGUACACAUUUUUAAAUCGAUUUUAAACAAACUUCCCGAAGAGAUAGAGACUUGAAAACACAACUUAAAACUGGAUGACAAUAUAAUAAUAUGGAAAAAUAUAUGCAUACAAUAUACAUACAUACAUAUAUAUAGAAAUAUUUGAUGUGUAAUGUAUACGUAUUGUGAUUGUGAAUCAUUUUCGUUCAUAAAUUUGUAAUAAAUUAUUAUUAUUUAUUGUGUAUGAUUUUACUGUAUAAUUCGAAGGGCCGUCGCGUUAAUAAUCUACCUUUACAUUGUAAUAAAAUCUUAUGUUAUACGAUUAAAUUUAUUGUAGUAAUCAAACACACAAAUAUUCAAAUAUACAAUUUUAUUCCAAUUUAUAAUGAUAGCAAUUCUUCUAAAAGGAAAUCCGACUGGACAGGUACUUUAGAGAGGUCAUUUUUCGAUUGUUCAGGAGUUUUCUCAUCAAAUUCGAAAACUUUAUAUCUGAAAUGUAUAACUGCUUUUCAUUCAGAAUCAUAUUAUUUCGUUAACAAACAAUAUAUCAUUGCUUACAUUAAAUAACUUUAUGUUUCUUCCCAUCUUCCCAGAUACAACAGUGGCGCAUUCAAAAACAAUAUCAAUGUAUUUUGAUUUUGUUCUGUCUGUGUGGAUAUUUUGAAAAAUGGUCAAAUUAACAGGUAUUUCGUAUCAUACGCCCAUAGUGAAACUGAAUAAUAAGAGGAUUGAAAUGUAUUUAGCUGGCCCAACGCAAUACUUACAAUAAUAUUAUAGGAAUAAACUUACAAUAAAACGAACGAAUAUAAAACAAAGUAAAUGUAUCUCCUGAUGUCGUUAUAAGAACCCAAAUCCUCGUAGUCGACGACAGUUGGGUUUUUGGUUUUCCCGUAUUAAUACGUAUCGUCACACUUGUAUUUUAUAAUAUUAAACCGCGGUAUGGGCCGUAAUAACGCGACACCGAGCGUUACCGCAGUUACCGCGAUUAAAUCGUUUUGCAUGUUUUACUAGAAAAAGGGAAACGUCGGGUUUUUAUUUCACGUUUUUAUCAGACACCAUUCUCGAUUUUACGUUUGUUUCGUCUAAUACGAAAAUCGCGAGGGUAAAGAAACACUCUGUACUCCCGAAAUAUUGUCGCGAAAUUGCACAUAGUACUUUUCGCGUACGUGUGCACGUAACGGAUGAAAAUGCGAUCGACGAAAGAAAUCAUCCGUCGUUAUUAUUAUCUGUCCAGAGAGGAAAAUAUGUUCGCGAUAUGGCAUCGGCCGGCGUCUUUUACGAUUUACCCGCGAACUAAACGACAAGACGUGCAUCCGCCGCCGUGGAGUUUGAACGUAGAUAACGCAAUCGACACAGUCGCGUGUAAAGCUGCUGUUGAACCAAGGCAAAAUAAUAAUAAUUUUUUACUCGAGAGCCGGCACGGUGUUCAAAUCGAGACGAUAUUGUUAUUCCCUAACAGCCACGUCGCGGUCGUCGGGCGGGUAUCUAGUCAUAAUAAACGGCGGUUUCGCUAUUUCGAGCGAGUUCCCACUGCACACUGCGCUGUUUUCGUUGUCAGUCGUGUUGUACAUAGAUACGCAUUUUCAAACGUCCGUAUAGAUAACGUUUUAGAGAUAAUUCCAAAAAUAAUAUUAUGUAAUCGCGUAGACCAGUGGUUUUAAAACUUUUUUUCGACCACGGUGCACUUCAAUCUGCACUACACUUUUUUCAUGGCGCGAUGCGACUUUUUUUUUUUCUCGGUUAUAGUGUAAUUUUGAAAUUAGAACAAAAUUGAUGGGCUAUUAUCAAUAGGGUUCAGACUUUAUACUUAACGUGCGGAUCACCGUCACCGCGGUGGUCCUUCAUAAUGUAUAGGAAAAAAUGCCAAUAGACAGCCGCACACCUAGUGAACGCUCACGGGACACCAGUUUGAAAACCACGGGUACAGACGAAAAUAAAAGAUGUACGACAUGGCCAACAGUUAUAUUUUAGAUUCCGUAAAAAUUGUUUUAAUAUAUAUUUAUUUUUCUAUAACAUCACAUAUAUAUAUAUAUUGUUAAAAAAGUAACACUAUUAACCGAGCUACGCUCAGAGUUGUUAUUUGUUAAGAAUAUUUGCUUACAGAUAAAAAUUCAAUUUUUCUCUACACGCCUAUAAUUUCUCUCUCCCUACCUUCCUAACUUUCCACCUACAACAGUGGCACACCCGUCAGUUGUAUAAAAUCUCUUGUUUUUUUUUCUAGUUGAAUUUCAAAAGUAAUUAUGAUAAGAACUUGUUAUGGAAAAUUAAGUAUAUUGCUGAAUUCACACGAAAAAUGUUCAUAGAUAGUUGCCAUGUAAUUUCAAAAACACGACGGUUAUACUAAUAUUUAUUUUACACACACCGAGUUUGACAAUAUAUUGUUUUCUUUAUUAUAGUACCUAAAAAUUAUAUGGAAAAACUGGUUAUCAAAAUGACGACUAUCGUCAUCUCGACUGUGUUUUCAUUUCGAAACUAUACAAUAUACUUUGAGUUUUAUACGACUUUAAGUUUUUAUCGUUAUACGAAAUAAUAUGCUGUAUGCGUUAAACAAUUAUUACUAAUGACGUCGGCUUCAGUUUUAAAGAACAAUUUCAAAAAAAAAAAAAAAAAUAAUAAUAAUAAUAAUAAUUAUAUAAAGUAAAUAAAUAUAUAAUUUAACAAGUUAAAGUUUUACAUUAAUGUUAACAAAAUAUUAUAGUAAUACAAAAUCACUGUAUACAGCAGUAUAAAGUUUGAAUGUUCGUUUUUUUUUAAUGUAUAAAAUAAAUAACUUUUUCAAAAGUACAUUCCGAACGCGAAAUUCGCUUUUGGAAAUAUAUAAUUACGAUAAAAAUUGUCUUCGGCAAAAAAAAAUGAUUACAGACUUCCCCCGAUUCCCUUCCUCGCUCAAUAACAUUCACACCAUUUUACCAGAUCUUGUUCCAUCUCGUUGCUUUUUAUAAGUCCUCUAGAUGUUUUAUUCUCAGUUAGCCUCCACGAAAUCGUCAUCAUUAGGUCGAUUCCGAUCACAUUGUACCAUUUUCCGAACCAUCAGAUUCUUUGUGCCAUUACAAAAUCUUCGAUGGGUUAACUUAUUAUCUUCCGGAUUCUUAUUAUUUCUAGGCCAGUAUCGCAGUCAAUAAUGACAAUUCAUUUUUCGAUUUUUUCAAGAGUUUUUUCGUAAGGAAUGGUUUAUUAUUAGAAAGUAUUAACUAUCGGGAUAACAGCAGAUUUAGUUCGUCUUCUAGGGGGGGGGGGCGAGCAAUAUAAUUUUGGUCCAAAAAUAAUACUUUUAACUUACAUUUCCAGACGCCAGUCAGUCAAUGUGACACCUGACCGCCUCAUGUAAUAGUACAACCAUCUACAGAGGUCGUGAAUAAAUAUUAUUAAAACUCUGAACUUCUAUACAGAUUUCUGAAAAAAAUUUAUUAUUUAUAGGUAGUUUGAUGUCUUGGGGGCCAUGAUCCCUAUACCUCCCCCCUCCUAAACGCCACCCCUGUUUCGAGAUUUGUUUUUUAAAUCAUUUAAGAAAUAAUUAGCUUUGAAAUGUUACAAUACGGUUAUUUGUUGUCACCCUUACAUUAUAGCGGUUUCAUCUACCUACUUCUCAUUUUCAUAUAGUAAUUUAAAAUCGACGAAUAGACGGAAUAUUAGUUUAAAUAAAUAUCCGUGUCCAUUGGUGAAACAUUCCACUUUUAAGUUAAUGUGGGGGAAAAUUAGAGGAGCACCAUUUAUGUGGCGACACAGCGCGCGGCGUUUGAAUAGCGCUACUCUCCCAUUACCUAACUUUAAAAGUGGUACCUAUGUCUCGCAAACGGAUUUUCGGAAAAUUAGAAAUUUCAACACCAAAAUUUAUUUAAACUAAUACUCCAUAAAUGUAUUGAUUUUUCAGUAUAUAAGUUACCGUUUGAAAUACAAUAAUAGAUAGUCGCCCUCCUUUUAAAAGAAGGGCGACAAAAACCAACCGGAUUGUGUCAUUUUAGAGCUACUUAUAUUUAUUAAAAGAUAUAAGAAACAAAUCCUGAAAAAAGUUAACACUUUCCGACUUAAUAAGCGUCUUACGUUGUGUUGAUCACGCGUGUAUGUCGGUGUCGGUCUAACAACUACCGUGUAAAAAUUAAUUUUGGUUAUACGACUAAAGUUAAAUUUAAAGUACAUAAUAUAGGCGUUAGUAAGAAUAAAUUAUGCCAAUUUGUGUCUUUUUUUGAUACGGUCUACUAACUCAAUGAGCUCAACAAAUAAUUGAUACUUUAUUUUCACACGAACGUAAUUUUAAAUUACACUUCAAUACAUAUUAUUAUUCAUUCCUUCGAGGCAUAAUCCACAUCUCUAUAAUUAUAGAUAAAAUGUCACACGUUACUACGUUAGUCAUUCAUAAUACGUAUACUACUUUUACUUUGCCUACAAUUAUUAUAUUAACUCGACGUAUUUAUUGUAACACGCGUGAAAUUAUCAAUCAUACAACUUUUAUGUUGUAAAAUAAUUAUGUAGAUCUUGAUCGGACCGCUUGUCAACUAUAGUCGAUAGUACACAUACGAGUAGGUGUGCUGUACCUAGUGAUUUGAGAGGAAUGUAACAUUCUGGGGGUACGCACAGACUAUUCCCACGACAUUCGUUAUUUUCAUUUAAUUAUUGUCAACUGAAAGUGAUAAACACAACCAUUCCGUUUGAAAUAUGUAAUAUGGAUUUGUUGUUGUUUUCAAUCUAAAGCAACUAUAGAUUAUAUUUUUCACAAGUUAUUUGUUAUUAUUUGGUAAAAACGUGUAACACAAACACUUGAGAGUAACAUCGUUCAUUAAUAUUACAAUGAUUGUUGGUUGAUGAACGUUAACAAUUUUUUUUUCUGGAUUCUGAACUCAAUGGGUUAUGGUGUAUAUGCCUAUGAGUUAUGACUGAUAUGAGUUUGUGACUCAAUAUAUUCAAAACAUGUGUAUAAUUUUUAAUGCUUGUAUUUGCAACGGUGAUCGUUUAACCAUUUGUCCUUUUUUCGGGCCUCUAACUUUACGAUUUCGAAGAAAAAAAAAAAAUUGAAAAUUAACAAAUAUUCUCGCAAACGAUCAUUAACGUAAUUUGUACACUAUCUGUACCUAUAAUUCGUCAAUAGAAUCAUAAUAUUAUCAGAAUAAGUUCAUUUUAAACUUUAUUAUUAUUUUACAUGCCUAAUAAAGGCGUAGGUAUAGUACGAUGAUUAAUGAAAAUGCUAACAUAAAUCUAAUAGAAAUUUAAUUUAUUUUCGUUUUUGUAACGUCGUAAACAGUUAAUUUUAUAGACUGGAUAAAUGCCAAAGCUCAGAACUAAUAUAAAGUUGAUUAAUUGUCUUAUAUGUUUAAAUCUGUAAAAUCAAAAUAGCCUUUGCGUACGUAGACAGGAUACAGUGUGUACUAUGUUUGAAAACAUGAUAUAUUCGAGAAUUUUUAUUGAAAUAAAAAACCUGUGUUUUUUUUUUUACCAUACUCCAAUCAGCUUUGAUUGAAUACUGCGAAUAAUGAAAUUCUUAAUUCGUUAAUAAACAUUAUCAUUAUUAGAUUAUUUAUAUUUUAAAUUAAACUAAUUAUUAAAUAAAUCGAGUUACCUACAGUCACAUGGGCUAUGUUUAUGAAUAUAUUUUUAACUGUCUUAUCUAACUAAAAAUAAUUUAAAAUAGUAAGAUUUAUACAUUUCACGAAAUUCGAAUUGCGAUUGACUUCAAUGUGGACGAACAUAAAAAUGUAUUCGAUCGAGCCAAUAACGCGAAGUCGCAUGCAAUUUACUCAAGGGGCUAGCAUAAGUAGUCGAAACGGAGACGAAAAAUAUAUUAUCAUAUUAUCAUUAAAUAUUUAAAUAUGUCAAAGCCUAUCAUCAAAAAACAGUCAAAUAUAACUCUAAUAUAUAAAAUUAUCCCCCAAUCCUCAUUGUUGGGUUUUUCAUCAUUGAAGAUUUUUCUUUCUAAAACGUACAGACUUUUUUUACUCUUUUUUUUUUUUAGAAAUAUUCUAUUUAUCUCUACAGUCUUAAAUGAAAUAACACUCUGGCAAACAUGAGUGUCUUAUAUAGUUUCGAAAAAAAAAAUCAAAAUGCAAAAUAUUGUAAUUGCAACAUGUCGACUAGGGGAAAAUUCGACUCUAGUGAUGGAGUGUUGCUGCUCACGGGUGUUUUUUUUUUUUUAUACAAUACAGUCUCAAUACUAAAAUUUAAUUUGUGCGAAUUUUAUAAAACGUAAAACUGCAGAAAUACAAAACGCGGUUUUAUCAUAAAAUUCUUAUACAAAUAAAAUAUUAAGUAUUAUCGGAUGCAAUUUUUCGCGUACUUACGUGAGACGUAACGAUGAGAUGAUGCGUACAAAAAAAACAAAAUAUGGACAUACUUCGUACAAUGGGUUGGCCACUGUUUUUGGUGAGAAGUUGGGAAGGUAGAAGGGAAAUAAAUAAUGUACAUCUAUACGCAAUGAUUAAUCAUAGCUAAUGAAAGACAAUUUUGAUCAGAAUUCACAUGUUUUGAAAGUCCUUAGUAUUUACGAAAAACAUAUAAAUAAUGUAAAUGUAAAAAAUAAUACAUUUCGUAAAAUUUCCCGUUUUUUCCCAUUUAUUAUGAGUACCCUGGAAAAAUCAAAAAAAUUAUCACCGUAAAUUAUUUUACCCAUAAACAUUUUCUUUCAGAAAAGGUGCAACACUUGAAAAUUUCCAGUAGAAAAGUGGUUCACUGAAAAACAUGAAAAUAAAUAUUAUUGUAAAACCGAUAUAUUCCUCGCUCCGCUCAGGAUUUAAAAUUUACCUUCCAAGGCGUGAUUUACACCUGCACGAUAACGAUUUCAAUAAUUUCAUACGUGACUACAUGAUAACGACGAAGCUGACAUUACGUGCGAAUAUUCAAAUUACACGUUUCGUCAAUAUCCAUAAUAAUAGGUAUAUUGACUUACGUCUGAUUUCGUGAUAUUUUUAACCUUAAAACUACGAUUGUUUCAUUUAUACCGCGGAUAGCGAUUCUUUAUAAUUAUCUGUACAAUACACAUAAGUAUUGUAAUUUGUCAUGUUUCGUGUCCAUAUUUAUUAUUUCCAAUGUAUGAAACUGAAUUUUUGCUACGAAAGCGGAAAGGUACUGUAUGAUGUGUAUGAAGCAAAAGUUUUGUUUUCUUAAUCAAUCACAUCAAUAUAAUUAUAGGUUUAAUUUUAAGCUAUUAUUAUAAAUUUGUAUUAUACAUAAAACAAUGAGUAUUGCAAAAGAAAUUUCAACGAGAAGAAUGAAAUGGGCGGGAAAAAGUGGGGAUCAGUAAUAGUGAUGGAAAUUGACCCAAUAAGAAAGUGAUGGCUAUGAAAACAUUGUCUUCUCAGAGACGUAUAUGCAAUGGAAUCUGGAGUAUGGUGGAGAAUAAAUAUAGGGCGAUAAACAGAUGGAGAAGUAUUUGCUUGGAUGCCUAGGGCUCAAUUCUUGAAUCGCUGUGAUAAUUUAUCACGCGUGACAUUCAUAAAUUAUCACACAAAUAUCGAAAUUAUCGUAUUUUGGUAUUCUGGAAUUCAUUUUUCAUAAUUUACUUUGAUAAAAAAAAGUGAUCAAUUAUUCUUAGGCAUUAUGCUGGUAAAUUUAAUUAUCAAGGUUAUUUUAUUAUGUCAUAAUGUAAAUAAGUAUGUACAUACAUGACUAAAAAAUGUUGUAUUUUAUUCGGUAGGUACCUUAAUUAUUUAACUACUUAAUUACAGUUUACUUGUUAUCUUUGUAUUCAUUGGAUUAUUUUAAAUAUUAUAGUAAUCUAAAACAUUAAAAUAUUUUUUGGUAAUGAUUGAUGAGUUUUCUAUAGCUGCAUUAGAGAAUCUAGAGCGAAAAAAAUGCUCUAAAUUAUAGAAAAUUCCAACCGAGAAGAAAGGUGCGAUGCUUUUUAAUUGUCAGAUGAUAUUUGUACAAAAAAUUAUAGACUCAAUAAAAAUGUAGUGAGAUAUAUUAUAAAUAUACUUACUCCGUUUCUAAUAGAAACUAAAGUAAAUGCAUCUUACAUUUCUAUCUCUAACAAUAAUUGUAGGUGAACAUUUAUCUGUGUGCUAAUUUGUUUAUUAUAAUUUAGGUAUUUAUAGCUUUGAAUUUCUUUGCUACUGGUUCUUAUCAACAUCCCACUGGAAAUAGUCAUUUUAUCGUUUUACAUUUUAAAUUGGUAGGCAAUACAAAUAGGUACAUAGACAAGUAAAGCAGGUAUAUGAGAAAUACGUAUUUAUUAUUUUGUAUAAUUCAUGAUUUAUACAAUAAUAAUAUAAAUUUUAUAAAGGAUAUUACUAAUAAAGUGAUAACAUUAAAUAAACAGUUGAUAAAUUAUCACAACAUUGGUAUAUUAUCAAAUACAUUAAUUUAUUUCCGUCUCUCGUUCAAGAAUUAAUACAGUUGAUGGCAAAUUAUCGUGCGUGAUAUAUAAACUGAUAAUUAUCGUAUUUGAUAGAUUAUCACAGCGAUUCAAGAAUUGGACCCCCGAUCAUAAAAGUCAUAACACCUAAAAGAGAAAAAGUUAUAGAAAAGACACAAUUUUUGUCCAACUAAUAUUGUAGUAGAACAAUAUAAAAUAAUUAAUUUAAUAUCGAUAAAACUCGAUUCGAGUCUUACAUAGUUUUUAUUCGAUUUUUUGGAAAUCGAUCAACGUUUUUUUUUUAUACGAUUUUCAAUAUAACAAAGAAGCAAAAAAAAAUGUACAAAGAUUUCUGUUAUUUCCUAUAGGAAAACUUGGAGUGGAAGGAAGAAGCUUAAUAUGGUUUUAAAAUGAUGUUUAUUUUUCUCCUAUUGUUAUUUUAUUUGUGAACAACUUUUCUACCAGAAAUAUUGCUCCGAUUUACAAGUGUAGCACUUUUUUGAAAGGAAAUCUCAUUGUGGCGGUACUUAAAACGGUUCGGUUUUUUUAUUUUGUUAAACAAAUAUUAUUAAAGAAAAUGUUUAAUGCGUAUGUAAUUAUUUUACCGUAUAUGAUAUAUAUAUUGUUGAUAAAGCAUCACUAUCAACUAAACUCCGCUCAGAAUCGAAUUUUCGUUAGCAAUGGUUAAUCGUUGCUCACAGAUAUGCAUUGAAUUCCCGUCUGUAUCCUAUCUUCUCAAUCCUGAUAACGCCGUCGACGAGAUGAAAACAUUUUCAAAUCCCAAAAUCCUCGAGUAAUAAAUGUGUGUUGCCGAAUUUAUCAUAAUAGUGAUGUGACGCAUAUAUCCGGGUCUUCCUAAAAUCCGGAAUUCGUAUUUUUAGAUUUCAUUCAAUGUAACACAAAAUAACAAAAAAUUUGGUUUGUUUUUGAGGUUUUUUUUUAAAUUUAAAUUUUGAAAAUAUUUUUGUUCGUGAUUCACUUGUUUAUAUUAAGAUUCCAUUCUCAUGCCUCAUCGUAGCUAUAGAAUGAUCAGAUUCUGAUGAUAUUUUUUUGUUGUGACACCUACUACAGUCCGCAUUAAAUUCAUUUUUCUGUACUUUUAUUUUAAAUCUUUAUAGUAUUAUCUAACUUUUAUACAAAUUAUUUAAGCUUUUCUUACCGACUUUUUUAUCUCAUUGUUUGAAAUCGGAUAAAAAAAUCGGAGUUAAUGAAGAAAUGGCACAUACCCGUAAUUAUUAAAUGGAUAUUGAGUUAUUCAUAUCGUCGUAAAAUCAUAUUUCUCUCACAAAAAAAAAAAGGAAAAAUCAGAAAUUUAGGGAUCCGAAUUCACUAUUAAUUUCGGAUUUCGACCAAUUUGAAAUUUUACCAUCACUAUAUGUUUCCCAAUAAACGAAACGUUUUCCGUUUUCGGAAAUCCGCGGUUAUCGUGUAUAGUACAUAAAUCCAUAAAAUCCGUUUCCGGUUGUUUUCCAGGGUUCCAUAUCCGCUUGGUGGUGGCCGGACCAACUGAAGCACGUGAACGGCAGUUUGACGACCGUCACCACGGACAUCGGCUCGGCGCUGCUGUCCGGCAUGUUCGGCAUGGCGGCCGUGAGCGCGCUGUUCGGUCCCACGGCCGUCAGCCGGUUGGGCACCAGGACGUGUCUGAUAGCCGGUUACCUGGUAGCCGUCGUGUUCAUCGCCGUCCACUUGUACCCCAAGGUGUCGAUACUGUUGCCCGGCUACUUGCUGAUGGGCACCUGGAUGGGUUGUUGGACGGCGUCCCGAACGGCGGUGCUCAUGACGCUCUCAUCCAAAAUAGCGUACGUGCUGUCCGACAAAGAAGAGUGCGAACUCGAGGGAAACGGGCGCCGGGAGGCGGUGGCUAUGAACCUGGGCAGAGGAUUACAGGUGAGCUUACAUCGAGGUGAAUCGGUACCGGAUACAAAAAUUAUCUCACCGGAAAUGAUUUUGUUGCGGUCAGAUUAAGUCAGGUUCGGUUAGGAUUUUAGGAAGCAUUGUGAAUUGUAUUAUGUAAUUUGUGUUUCAAAAACGAAAUUGGGACCUUAAAAAAUUACCGCGAGUGUUUUUUGAGAUCGAUACCGUUAAAAAAGAUUGGGUUACGUUCGAUUGUACAAAACAUAGAUCGUUAUUAAUUCGCCGUGAAAACGAAAAAAAAAAAAAUGAAAUACUUACUCAACUUUUUUCUCAAUUUCUCCGGCGUCUGUACCAGUGGGGGGCGCGACCCUUUUUCGGUCCAUGGUCCCUAAAUUGAUUUAUUUCUAUGGGGCGAUCCCUCUUCCUAUUAACAUUAAAUAAGUGCACAAUGCGUGUAUUUACUUAAUGUAUACAAUAAUUAUAGUCGUCUAAAUUAAAUCGUUAAUUUUAGGCAAUUUCAAUACUUGUUCAAUUUGAUUUAUUCGAAUUUUUGAUUCAAAACUAGAAAAAAAAAAAAAAAUUAUAAAAUUACACGAUUUAAUGAGACCCUCAUGCUUGGAUUGGAGACAAGAUUGAAUUUAAAUCGGAUUUGAUGAUUGAGACUGCCGCUCUCAAAUCGGUUUCUACAUUCAAUCCGGAGCGAUGUUUGUUUUUUAUCGUCGCUAGUGUUGAAAACGCUGUUUACCAUAAACGAGUCGAAGCGAACGGGAGUAAUAAUUUCUAAUUAAAUUUAAAAAUAACCCGUUUCGCGCGUCACUCGAUUGCAGAACUUAUUACCGCGACAUUAGGGUAAUCGUGUGACACAUAUUACGAUUGAUGCGGCCACCCGUCGGUACGCGUAAAAUAAUAUGAAUUUAUAACAUUCAUUCGGCGUAAAAGUAUUGGCGACCAACCGUACGAAUUUCGCGACCCCCCGAGUCGCGCACCACCGGUCCAUUACGCAGAGAAUUGCAUAAUCAACGUUGCGACGCUUGUAUACAAAUUUAUUCUCAAUAAAAAACAAUACGCCCGCGGUUUUACGAGCUCGGGGUUUUUUUUUUACUAAAUAAUACCGACACGACGUAGCGGAAGAACGAGUCAAAACAGAAUUCGGGAAGUGAUGUGUUUCCGAAGCACUCGGACCGGGAUAAUUUGACACGAUCAACAGCCCGUCAUCGAUAUUGACAAUUGACAAUCAUUUCAAACUACUUAAGAUCCGGGGCGUAACGAGGGGGACUAUUGGUCUUACUACGAUGCGUGUUUUUUUUCUUGGGGGGCGUGUCGAACAGCUCUUCGAAAAGAAACCCCGCCGCACGCAAAGAGCGUGGCGCCUCCGCGAACGCCGUGACCAGCGGUCGUUUUUCGAUUUUCCGCGGGUUUUCGAAUAAUUUUGUUCGUAUUUCCGAACUCGAAAAAAAAACGUGUCGAACGUCGAAAACACACAACGGUACGCGCCGCGUACACACGCGCGGAAACGAACGCAAUGCCGGACAGUCGGGCCGAGCUUGCGGCCGGGCGCCGGAGAGGUGAUCCAGUCAUCCUAGCCGCGCCCGCAACAAUGUCAUCACGUCCGCGUAACCGAGCACCGACGCCCGCGCGGCCGCACAUACCGCCCGUUGCCGGUUUACAAGUGGCGCGCGCGCCCGUCGGCAAUGACGCGGGAAUCGCGUUCGCGCCACGCCGCGGGUCCGAUCGCCGGUACGCGAGUUUUUCGGUCUCGCGUCCGCGUCCGCCGCCGCCGCCGCCGCCGCCACUCUGCACCGCGGCCGGCGAACGAUCAAUGGCCGAGUUACGGCGUGGCCGCGAUCGCGCGCCGAGCGAGGCGGCCGAUCGCCGUUCGGGUCGCUCGCCCCGUGCCCGGGCCCGGGGCGAGCGACGGUGUUCGAUGUCGUAACGCUACCCCCGAACGAGAAACGCGUUUUCCGCGCGCGACGCCGUACCCGGAUUCGGUUUUUCGAUUCCGCGAGCGUAACGGCAACAACAACAACAACAACAACAACAACAACAACAACAACAAUAACAAUAACGAUAAUAACGAUAGUUACAUUUAUAACAAUCCGAAAGUCGAUUAAAAUGAACCGAUUACGCACCGGCUUUGCGGGGCCGCGGAAAAAUACAUAACGGAAAUACGGAGCGCGCGGCGGCGGACGGGCGGGGUGCCCGCCCGCGUUAGUUUUUCAAUUAAAUUUCGUUUCCCGGCCUCCUCGUCCGGGCGCACAGCCGUAAUAACAAACACCGGCGCCCCCGCGCGGCGCGGUCGAUGAGUUCACUUUUAGCGUCUCGCUGUAUAGGCGCGGGGUAAACGGACUCGGCACGAAGAUCCGCGCUCUCCUCAGACGAGCACGCGGAAAUCGUCGUUUUCAAUUAACACUAUCGCGCGUUGCGAUAUUGUAUUUCUGCUCCGGUCCUGCGCGGUUCUCCGCGUCCGUUGACAUUUUAUUUCCAACUCGAAUCGCGUAUACUUCCGGUAUAUUGAUUAUAAACCGCGGAUUCAAUUGACAAUUGAAAUACACGAAUAAAAACUGCGAUCUAUUGACGGGGGAGGAGGGCACGUGCCCCUUCACCGUCUCUCCGGAUCCGCCGUUAUUGUCGCGUCUACUACGAGUGCCGAUUUAUAGUCGUGCGCAGAGCGAAGAAGCUUGCGGUUUUCCAAAGAUGUUUAUUUAUUUAUUGAUUUUGUUUUUUUCCCGCGGACGACUUUUCCACCGGGGAUUUCGCUAUUCUUAAGUGUGACAAAUGAUGAUAAGCGGGAACAAAUGUAGGGGAGACGGGACAAUUUAAGAAAUGCAUUGUUACCAAACCGUAAACAUUACGGCCUUUCAAAACGUGUGCAACCGAACUCAGUUCAGAUUCGUAUUUCGUUAUCAACGAUAUAUCGUAGCGUACACAGAUAUAUAUUAAAUUUCCCCUAUACCUUCCCGAUUUCUCACCUACAGCAGCUAGAAACGAGGUAUGUCAGUUUGUUUUUUAUCUUUAUUUUUUGUUUACUCGAUUUUAAUUUUACUUCCCGGCCACACAGGAAAAAAUUAAGAUUAUCCCAGCUGUUUGUUAUUCAAACCGUAAGGUUAGGUAUUAUGAAACCAAAAAUUAAAUCGACUUGAAUAUUUAAAUUCAAACGUUUAGACGAGUUUCGCGAGUAUGAAAAACAAAAGAAUCGUUUAGUAAACGUUUUGUUCUCGUUUUGCGUGUAUACGCCAACCAUGAGCGUUGUGUUUUGGUUGAGUAUUUUUUUAUUAAAUUUUUAUUUAAUCAGUUUUUCCGAUUCGGAUAAACGCGAAAUAAAUUAUCCGAGAUAAAUAAUUAAAUCGUCUGGAUAAAUCUGUUUAAACCGUCAUCGGUAGUCAAACAGUCUGAAACUGAAUUGUCCAGUUCGGUGGUAGAGGCGUAAUUUAUCGAAUCGCUAUCGAUUACGACGGGUGUUGUUGAAAUUGCGAUGGAUUUGCGGUAGAGCGAGUAGUGGGGUUAGUUCGAUUCGGAGGAGGGGGGGGGGGGGGAGGGGGGAAUUGAAUCGGCGUUUCGAGGGAGAAAAAAUAUACUUCGCGCCGCCGCCGCCGACCGAGCUACAUAAAUGACGCGGCAUUUUCGAAAUCUGAAGGCGCACGCCUCGGGCCCGAUUAUUUGUCCGUGUGCGUGUGUCUAUAGACGUAUAUUUGAACGUGUAUCCGUGACGCGUGACAAAAGCCGAACGCGUUUAUUACCGUCGCCGGACAAAGGCCGCGCGCGCGCGAGGGGGGGGGAAAUCUAGAAAAAAAAAAAAAAAAAAAAAAAAAAACGUCGCACCGCGCGCGUACGCCGUUAAUGUCGGCGUUCCCGGUCCGUCGAAAACGUUUUCCGGGGCCACCCCCCGGGUUUGGACGCGGUCGGCCGAUCAAUCGCCCGGCGCGCGCACGUACGCGCGUCGCGGCGGCAAUGCCGUUACCGUGAUCGAGGACACGACGCGCCGCGGUCCGCGGAUUCGCCCGGCGGUGCCGUCAUCGGCGGACGUGGCAUCCGUCCCAGCGCGGUGCAAUGCGUUUUCUACCGUUCCGGUUUUUCGCCGGUUCGAACCGGACGGCCGUUUUGUUCCGAUGUAUCACGGCGUUCAGUAUACGACGUUCCCCGGGGCUACCCGUACGACACGCGGAGCGAUGUUUUCGUUUCGCGAACCGGCAAUUCCCGUUCGGACGGUUUUAAGUGGAACGCGAUUUCUAUAUUUUUGUUUUUGUUUCCCCCCCCCCCUAUAUUGUCGAAUCGGCCAAGCUUUUAUUUCGAAAACCAUAUUUUAAAAUUGUUUUCCUGUUACUCCGGAGCGACGGCAGAAGCGAGUCGUCGGUUUAUCGAUUGAAAACCAAUACGCAAUUUAUCGCCCCUUUCCCACUCCUCCGCUCUCUUCAAACUUCAAACGGUCAUGACUCGUAAACGGCAAAUCCGAUGCGUAUCGAAAUGCCACGGGAAAUACUCGCUAUGCGAAUCGGCGUUCUCGAAAAGGAGAGCGAAGGGAUUUUAUUCGAAAAACAAACGCACACACUCGUUUAAUGCGAACGGUAAAAAACGGUUUUGAAUAAUGUUUAGCGAAUUCCGCAACGGUUUAAAACGAAAAAACUCUGCACAUUCACUCGAACACCUCUGACCGCCUCUGACACACACCGUGUACGGGCCCGCGACAGUCGACGGCGUAAGGCGUGCCCCCGCACACUGCGCGGAGAACCGGACCGGGUCGGAACAGUCGAAAAACGUCCGCGGCAAACGUUUAAACGGGGGCCUCUCCGUAGCGUUAGUUUCGAUCGUUUUUUUUUUUUUUAAGCGUCCUUUUUUUCUGCGCACCAACGAUCUCCGUCGGGCGCCGCCACCGCGCCGCACCGCUAUAACAUUGCCGCGCGCCGUGAGUUUACACGGCAAUGAGAUUCGCGAACGGGUGGGCGGGUCCGUCCGCGCGACAGUGCCGUUUUAUCCGAAUCGGAAUGACUCGCGCGCGACGACGAAACCGCCGAGACGAUCAUUUUCGCGACGGGAACGGGGCCGCGGCGCCUGUAAUUUUCUACGGCGCAGCAACGUUUUCGUUUGCGACGCGCAGUUCAACGUGCGCGCGUUUGUCCGCGUACGGUUUUCGUCCGGGUAACAGACGGCCGAACAAUACGACAAACGUAAAUAAACAUUACCGGUAGAAGCGCCGGCAAUGAUUGUUACAAAACGGGUCCGAUAUGCAGCGCAGCCGUUUCUGUUUUUUUAUUGUGCGCGGGCUCGUAUUCACUGUCGCCCGUGCAGUAUGCCGUUGGGCCGCGGCCGUUUUAUCGAAUCGUGCACCACGCGAUUCAAACGCCGUCGGAGAAACGCCGGAGAAAGUACAAAGUUUUGAUCUCCUACACGAUUAUACAAGUAAACAACUACUGGCACACGUAUAGCGUGACAGGCGGACGUCAGAUCGGCGAUGUUUUGCGCGAGUUUCGCGACAGUAUGAAAUGCGAAUGCUGGAUUGCGGAUUAUGGAGGGCGUGGCGGUUCUGGGAGAAUAUAUGGGAGAUAGCUGUCAAAGAACAAACAAAUUAACACUAUAAAAAAAAAAAAAAAUAAACUCGACGCAAAUAAACACCUACGUCGUUUUAAAUCAACAUUUUUCAUAAUAAUAAUAAAGUUCAGAUUUCCACGCGUUUUGAGCCCGGUACGCCUCCCUUCGAAAAAUGUUUCUCGCUGGACCGCUGUCGAAAAUAAAAACGUAUACACAUUUUUUUUUUUGGAAAUUAAAUUAACUACGAUUAAGAAUUAUUUUCCUUUCCGUGUGCUUCUCUUAAAUAGAUCUCUUGCUUAUGGCCUCUGUACAGAGAGCAUAAUAUCGUAUACUACUAUUAGUGCAUCAAUAUAAAGUGUAAACACUGUACCGUCAAAUACAAACCCUGUUUUUUUUCCCCGAUUACCACGAUAACUACUUCGGAAAUUUAAAAAAAAAACAACCUCUUCAAUGCAUCAACGCGAUUCUAAAUGUAACAAAAAAUAUCAUUUGUCGAUCGGGGCAUAAUUUCCCGCAGGAAAAUUGUUAACAGAUAGAAGAAAAAAAAGGCGGGUUACAUAAAGGUAAAACUGUACGUAACGAUAAACAAUUGGUAACAAAAUACGAUUCUGAACAAUGUUCAGUAAUAGACGUUUUUAAAUGCCGUGAUAUUUACGAUUUUCAUUAAAAUUUGUGAAAAGAAAAAAAAUGAAUUGAAACUAACGAGACCAUUAUUUCCGUAAACGUUGCUGUUCUUACUACGUUUUUUUUUUUUUUUUUUUUUACCGAGUUUGCUCAAUAAUUGAGAACACUACACUACCGACUAGAUCGAAAAUAGAACCAACAGGUCUAAAAUUAUAUUGUUCUCGGAUCAGAGCAAGAUUUCUUGGAGAAAAGUUUCUCAUAGACACACACACACAUUCAUACAUACAAAAAAAAAAAAAAAAAAAAAAAAAAUUCUAAAAUAAGUACACAUCGUAGUAAAACCAAUACGGAACAAUCGACUGACCGGAACAUGAAUGGGGACGAAUGGACGUGACCGUUAAGACAUGGCCGUGUGGACAUUGGGACAAUUGGACAUCAAAAAAAGUUGAAAAUAUUGAAAUUAAAAAAAGUUUUUAUGCAUAAUAAUAAUAAAGUGAAAUAUCUUGAAAUUAAAAUAUUUGGUAUCGAUUUCCACGUAAAAAUUUCAUUGAGUUUUAAUUUAUUUUUAAAUUAAAAAACCAAUGGUGAUAUGUAACUACAUAAACGUAAUAUAACUAUUAUUAUCGUGGGUACCUUAUCGUGUUAAAUUUUGUUGUUAUACUAUGCAUUACGUGCAUAAGCAGUACCUAAGUACAUAUUGGUUUACACUUCAGUUUUUAUUUUUUUUUUUUUCAAACCAUUUGUCGGCCUAUUUUAAUCGACAGCGCUUUUACUAACUUUUGUAUGUAUUUAUUUUAUUUUUAUUAAUUUUGUCCACGUUCAACAAGCCACGUCAAUUUGUCCUAGAUCGGACACGGACCAAAAACAAAAAAAAAUACGAACAUAUUUCACACGCGGGUGGGCCACUGUUAUAGGUGAGAAGUUGGGAAGGUACAGAAGAAAUUUAAUUUAUACCCGCUCGCAACGCUUAACCAUUGUUAACGAAAAACGAUUCUGAGCGGAUUUCGGUUUGUUGUGUUGCUUUGUCAACAACGUGUAUGCCAUAUUAUGGUAAAACAAUUACACAGGCAUUGUAUAUUUUCUUCGGUAAUGUUUGAUUAAAACUGUAACCAUUUUCCCGUUUAUCUACGGUUUUCCCAUGUUUUCCCAUGUUUUUUCCCAUUCAUCGGCAACACUCCUGGUAAAAUCAAAAAAUGACCUCCCCAAAGUGCUAUACCCCAGUGAGAUUUCCUUUCAGAAAAAAGCGCUGUUAUUGUAAAUCGGAGCGAAAUCGCUCGAAUUGUGCACAGAAAAAAAAAAAAAAAUACAUAAAUAAAUAUUAAUCAUCAUUGUAAAACCAAUACGUUUUUCACUCCACACAGAAUCUAAAAUGUUUAAAAAGACAUAACAAUCGCACGGUGACCGUAAUGCUCACCGACAUUAUACCGUUCGCAGAUGGCACACGACGUGGGACUAAUCGUCGGUAAUGCGUUUGUCGCGUACAUGAUCGCCAGCAACAUGCGUUCGGACGACAUCGUGGGGACGAUGUUCGCCCGGGGCGGUGACGGCCGUGGCACGGACAGGACGUGCGGCAGUGUGGCGUGCCCGCUGGUCAACCAGAACAAAAUCAAUAUCGGACAGGCAGGCAACUCUUCGUACAACCAGACGUUGUUCGACGUCCGCAACUACAUGGUCCUGCCAUGUAAGUACAAUGUUAUUACGGUUUUUGUAGACAAAAGAAAGAAAGAAAAAAAAAAAACAAUUUCAAAAAUUCGAAACCUUUUAGAAUUGCCGGGUCAGGUUAGGUUAGGUUAGAAUUCUAAUAUCGCUGAACAAAAGAGCUAUGGCAUAUGUCAGUUUUUGAUUUUGGUUUUUUAUUAUUUUAGCUGGAUUGGAAAUAGAAUAAAAAAAAAAUCAAGUCUACCUUAAAUUCUGAAUUCUAAUAUGAACACCAUAAUGUUAAAUUCCAAGUUACGCAACUUCGCUAUGUUGCUCGUCGGUUGGACUGUGACGGGGGUAUCACGUCCGUACGCACCGUAGAGAUUUAGACCGAUUUAACAUUCUGAGUGGAGCGAAGAAGCCCUCGGUUUCACAAAGAUGUUAAUUAUUUUAUUUUUCAUCUGUGCGCAACUUUUCUACCUGAAAACUUGCUCAGAUUACUCAUUUUCUGAAAGGAAAUCGGAGUGGGGAGGCGCUUUAGAGAGGUUAUUUUUCGAUUUUUUUAGAAGUUCUAUCAUCAAAUUUGAAAAACCGAAAAAAAUUCGGGAAAACAUAAGAAAUAGAGGUAAGUAUUAGGUAGUUAAAAUAUUUUACGGCCUCCUUUGUGUCCGUGUUCGACUUUUCUCCUUGCAAUUCUGCUCCAACUUAUAAUGAUAACAAUGUUUUUAAAAGAUUAUUUCACUGAGGCGGUACUCUAGAGAGGCCAUUUUUCGAUUUUCCCAAGAGUUUUCCCAGCAAAUGUGAAAAACCGGAACAAACCAUGGGAAAACCGGGAAAAUCGGUACAACAUUAAACAAAUAGUAUUUUUUAAUACUAGGUUUUUUUAAACUUAUAAAGCCUGUUAAAUUAUUUUAAUAUAAAGUGACAUAUAUAUUGUUGACAAAGCAUCACUAUCAACUGAACUCCGCUCAGAAUCGUUUUUUCGUUAGCAAUGGUUAAUUGUUGCUGACAGAUAUACAUUAAAUUACCCAUAACAGUGGCUGCACUCGUCCCCAUUAUCCUAGGAGGUUUUUUUUAUAAUCGUUUUAAGAUCAAAUUUGAUUGAAAAUCGCAUAUAUUAUGGCGUUUCAGAAGAUGUAUAAUUGCUCUUCGUUCAGAACCGUAAUAAUACUCCCUUAGCAAACAAUACAUCGUCGCUUACCCGUUAGCUGUACCCGUCCCCUUUAUCCCAGUACGUCUUUUCAAACGUCAAAUGAUUUAUUUUUGUCACGUUAUGAACUUAUUCUGGUCCGCUGUGCAUUGUCGCGAACGGACGAGAACCGCCGCGGCGGUUUAUCGUGCGCGCCCCGUCGAGACGUAUUACGUUAUAAAUUACACGGAAUAGCCGUUUCGGGCGCGGGACGGAAAAUAUCACGCGACAAAACUGUUAAAUAAUAUAUUAUAUUUUCCGAGAGAGAGAGAGAGAGAGAAGAAAAAAUGAUCAUAAAUUUUCCCUGCCUGUCGCACAUAAAUCUCUCGCCGGAGGAGGCCCGGAACCGCGUCACGCCGAUCCACCCGAGCUGUCCGUGUACGUGUAGGCGCCGCCGGUGUAACGCCGACCGGUGAAACGAUGCGUCUCCCGUUAAUCGUCGUUUACAACUACCAUAAUAUUAAAGUAAAAAAAAAAAAAACUGCCCUAGGAUAAUGGGGACGGGUGCAGCCGCCAUUGUAGGCAGGAAAUUGGGAACGUGGGAUACAGAAGGGGGUUCGAUGUGUAUCCGUGAGCAACGAUAGGCCAUUGCUCACGAAAAAACGAUUUUUCGAAAAAAACGAAAUUCAGUUGAUAGUGAUGCUUUGUCAACAAUAUAUGUGUCAUAUUUUGGUAAAAUAAUUAAAUAGAUAUUUAAUAUUUUCAUUAAGAAUACUUGAUUGAUAUUGUACCGAUAUUCUCGUUUUAUUACGUUUUUCUCGGUCCGAUUUUUUUUCCCAGUUUUCCACAUUUGUUGGGAAAAUCGAAAAAUAAAGAGCCCUCCCUAAAGUACCUUCCCAGUCAGAUUUCCUUUCAGAAACAGUGCUAUCAUUGGAAAUCUGAGCAAAAUUUUUCCGAAAUAUAUUUCGUACAUUUUUCCGUUUUUUCUCCGUUAUUAUCGCGUGUGUUACGUUGUGAGAAUUUAUAUUUUGUGCGUACCAAAUGGACAAAAAAAAAAAUAAAAAAAAUAAUAAUAAUAAUAAUAAAAAUAAUGAUAAUAAAAAAAGCUAUCUUUUACGAGGAGUCAAAAAUAGUAACGGAUGUGGUCCUCUGAUUUUUACGGUUUCUUUCGCCCCUCCCUUUUCCUCUCCACGGAAUGUCACGCGUAAAGAACGAGUUUAUGGCGUUAUUACAGUAAUAUAAAUACAAUAUCGAUCUCCGGCCGGAAUAUUUUAAAAAAGGUACCGGAUGCUCGACUGCAGGGCCGGUUUAGCGCAUAGGCAAUAUUGGCGCUGUGGACCUAGGGAUUACGAACAUUUUUGGGACAAUUUAGGGGCUACGGAAAUAUAUGGAUACGAUUUUUUUGUAAUAUUUUUUUUUUUAUUAUUAUUAUAAUUUAUUAUUCACAAAAAAAAAAAACGGGUGGGUGGGUCAUAGGUGCCUGGGUGUUCAGAAAUAUGACAAAAAAUAUUAAGUUUUUACAAAAUAAAAUUGUUUAAAAGAAUUUUAGACCGUGGACAUUUUUUAAAUUUGACACAUUUUAUUGGAAUUAUUGGGAUCUUUCGGGUUGGGAUGGGUGGAAAAUUAAAUCGGUUAUUCAAGAUGAAAAUACUUCGAGCCGCAACUGGUGGGGAAGAGUAAAGAAAUAUGCAAAAUGGUAUAAAAGAAGUUUUUUUUUUUUUUUUUAAAUUUAGGCAACAAAACCACAGCAACAUUGAUAAACAACUGGAUUAAACUGAGUCCACGCUGAUAAACUUGUGGCUACAUGUUGCCUGUUUACCAAUUUAUUAUAUUGUUUUGUGGUAAUAUGUUUCGCUUUCAACAAAUUUUUGAUGGAACAUUUAGUAACUUCUGGAAAUAUAUAGGCAAUUUUGUUGUGUCAACAUACUCCGACUCAAAAAGUUGUUGUACGUUGCCUUUGUGUGGACCGGGCUUUACGUUUCAAACGCACGCGGGUCUCCUUGUCGCGCGCGCCGCCGCGUUAUCGAUGAGUUUUAAGCGAAUUCAUCGGUCCGGGGGACGUGCGCUAUUGAUUUUUUUUCGGCUUUUACGAGAAGUUUUAAACGACCGCCAUGCGCCGCGAAUGUUAUUUUCAUAAUACACUCCGGUCGGAAUGCGCGCGAACGCAAUGUAGAUACGUACACAUUUUGUCAGUGGACUUUAAAAAAGCCUAUUAUAACCUUAUUCAAAGAUCAAGCUUAAUAAAUAUUCUCAGAGAAUUUAGAUUACCAAAAAACCUAGGUAAUAUUAUAGAAUUUGAAAUUUUUAAUCUCUUUUACUCUCGAACAUAUACGUUGCCACUGUCACACACGGUCUUCGUUAAAUUAUUCUUCAUAAUAUUUAAUGUGCUUGCAAUAUUUUUUAACGUGUACAGUAGUGUUAUGUUUUGCUGUUAAAAUAGCCAUUGUAUUGUUUUACGUCGUCGUCGAUUGUUAUUAUUUCAUCAUGUAAGCUUUAGGCCCAAACUUAAAUACGUACAAACUGAUUCGUUUGUCUUGUUUCGCGGAUACCGUCGUCGCGGUAUAACGUGCAGUAAAAUCCGCUUAUAAAGUUAUAACUGCGGACCGGAUUUAUGUGUAUUUAAAAGUUUAAAAUGUGCACUUAAAAUGCACAAAAUAUACAAAAUAAUUUUUGAUUAUUACAGCUCACAUUUAUUUAUUGUAAUGUUAUAAAAUCAAAAUGUUAACGAUGAAAAAAUACAUGGGCACUUUGCCAUUGUAUAGUGACAAACACAAACACUGUUGUAUAAAAUUGACACGUUUUUAUAAUACUUUGACUAUUGCCAAAUGUACACUUCGAACUACAGUCGUCAAACUGUCAGUUCGUGUUCUGUAGCAUUGACAAUAAUGUUAGACAAAGUGGAUAAAAUAAAAAUAUACGAUAGGAAAACCGAUGUGUACCAAUAUAUUAUUUUUAAAAAUAUUUUCAAUUUUUGUGUUGUAGAAAAAAUUCAUGUAUAAUAACUGUAUAUACAACUAAAGAAAUAAAUUAACACGUUGUACACGUAAUAUGCAAAAAUAUGCAAAAUAAAAAUUUGCAAUUAUAUUUAUUUAAGUCAUAACCGAUGAAAAUCCAUUUACCGCGUGUAAUUGCUUAUAAAAAUAUGAACAUGCAUUAUAUGGAAAAUCCGGUCUUUAGUUGUAAAGAUCUUCAAGAGACCUAGAGAAUCCGUUCGUUAUAUCUGAAUAACAAGAAAACCUUAAUUUUAUUGAAAAAUUGAUUUACUUAACACAUUUUAGAUUCCGAGUGGAGCGAAGAAAUUUAUGGUUUUACAAAAAUUAUUAUUAUUUUUUUUUUUUUUUUAUUUAUGCGCAAUUUUUCUUCCCGAACACUUGCUCAGAUUUCUGAGUGUAGCAUAACAGGUAGUUAAAAUAUUUUACGGCCUUUUUUGUCUGUGAACAAUUUUUAUACCUACAGUUUUGCUCCAACUUAUAAUAACAGCAAUGUUUCUAGAAGUAAAUUUCAUCAGGGAGAUACUUUAAAGAAGGUCAUUUUUGAUUCUUUCGAGAUUUUUCCCAGCAAAUGUGAAAAACCGGGACAAAACAUAGGAAAACCGGGAAUAACGUAGGAAAUCUGGGGAAAUCGGUACAACAUUAAAUAAAUAUUAUUCAAGAAAAUAUAUGAAUCGCAUUUAAUUAUUUUACUACAAAAUGACAUAUAUAUUGUUGACAAAGCAUCACUAUCAACCGCUCAGAAUCGUUUUUUCGUAAGCAAUGGUUUAUCGUUGCUUAUAUAAGGUAUACUUUAAAUUAUCUAUAACAAUGGCUGGCCAGUCCCUAUUAUCCUAGGACGACUUUUUAUAUUACAAAUGCAUUAUUAUACAAAUCGUAUUAUAUAUUUAUGAAUAAAAAGAAAGUACGAACAUACUCCGUACGUGGGUGCAGCCACUGUUGUAGGUGGAAAAUAGGGAAGGUAGGCUACAGACGUAAAUUUAAUGUAUAUCUGUAAGCAACGACAAACGAUUGUUAACGAAAAAACGAUUCUGAGCCGAGUUCAGUUGAUAAUGUUGCUUUGUCAAUAAUACAAUACAUAGUAUUAUGUCAUAAUAUGGUAAAAUAAUUAAAACAAUGUGCGUUUUCAUGACAACAAUGAUUGUUUAAAAAACAUUAAAAUAAUAAAAACUGAAUAAUAACAAAAAAUAAAUAAAAACGGUUUUCAAUGACAACCUUAUUUUUAGUUUUUCAAUUUUUUUUAACUUAAAGACCGAGGUUUUCCUCGUUAUAUCGAAUAUUAAUGAGAAUUUUAAAAAAUGACCUCUUUAAAGUACCAUUCAGAGAAAAUUUCCUUUCAGAAAAGAUGCUAUACUUAAUGAUCGGAGUAUGCUUUCUGGAAGAAAAGUGUUCACAUAAAAAAAAAAAAAAAAUUAAACAUCAUUGUUAAACCAAUAAAUUCCUCGUUAUACUCAGAAUUUAAAAAAGUAUUUAUUAUCGAAUUAUCACACUGGAUCAAUUUAUUGUUAUAGAACGAAAAAUCCCAUUUUUAAUUUCAAAAUACCAUCGUUAUAUUAUCUUAUAUCCGACUAAAAUCACUGCACGUGAGACAUAAAACCAACCGAACACAUGGCUGGGAAUCGUUUUAUCCGGAACACUGUUAUAGUUUACGGCAUCGUAAUAAGCGGAUUCUUACCCUUGGAUUAUUUCAAGUACGAGUGUGGUACGAAUAAUAAUAUUAUACAAUUAUUAUUGCCGCUUUCGCGCGCAUAAUAUUAUAAUCAUUACACACUACGGUAUUCGAGUUGUCGUGACGUAAACCCUACUGCAGGUGUUAUACUUCCUGAAACGGAUUAUGCCAUCUCGCGCGUGAAACAGGACCGAUAGUAAGUUUAGCGCGACGUACUGAACUGACCGAAGUACUUCGCGUUUCGGCUGCCGUUGUGCCGCGUGUGUGCGGUGGUUUUAGACUCUGAGUGGAGCGAAGAAGCUUAUAGUUUUACAAUGAUUUUGUUUUUUUUAUUUACAUCUAUGAACAACUUUUCUACCAGAAAUAUCGCUCCGAUUUAUAAGUGUAGCACUUUUUCUGAAUGGAAAUCUGACUGGAAAGGUACUGUGGGGAGAUAAUUUUUUUGAUUUGACAGAGAGUUUUCUCAAUAUAUUGGGGAAAAAAAACGGAAAAAUGGAGGAAAAACUGGAGUUCGGAAGAAAUAUUAAACAAGUAUUAUUAAAGAAAAAGUAUAAUGCAUUUUAUGUUAUUAUUUUAUCACAAUAUGGCAUAUAUUUUGUGGAAAAAGCAACGCUAUUAACUAAACUCCGCUCAGAAUCGUUUUUUCGUUAGCAACGGUUUGUCGUUGCUUACAGAUAUACAUUAAAUUAUCUAUAACAGUGGCUGCAUCCACGCGCGAAGUAUGUUUUUUUUUCUGUUUGUCCGGCGAUUAUUUACGGAGAUUUCCAGUGAAUUCGAUCGCGGGUUUGUUCAGUGAACAAUACGAUAAUAUAGUAAAAUUCGAUGCAUCAUAGAACCGUUUAAUCCGAUCGCGGGUUCAUCGCGAUAGGUUUUCGCAAUAGUUUAGCCCUUAUUCCGCGUAAACGUUCGUCGAUCCCGUUACUUUCAAUCGAGAUUCAAAGGGAUAGUAAUUUUAUUUUAUUAUUUUUGUGUUUCGAAUAUCCGUUUCGCAAUGCAGCGGGUAUGGAAAUCGAAAGUCAAUAUAUUCGUUUCAAUGCGAGUAUACGUAUACAAUAUUAUAUUCGGGGUAAAAUUCGGAAUCGAUACCGUUCCGGUUUACUUAAAACCGUCCGAGAAAAUCGCCGGACCGAAAAAAAAAAAAAAAAACCAAUAAAAGAGCCACCCCAUAGGUGUGCUAUUGUUGUUAUUGUUAUCGUGUUCACGACCGCGUUUUCACCGCCGGGCGACUAUCCGGUGUGCGCUGCUACAUCGCCGUCGUCGACCAUUGUCCUUCGGAUGCCCACGACACGCGAGCGUACGUCUUUUCCGCAGGGGGAUUUUUUCGAUUAUCCGUUUAAACCAUCGGCCGCUAUACUGUAUAAAUACUAUAAUAACCGGGCGCACACCCGAGAAACGCCGUUUCACACGAAACAUUGAAACUUUUUUUUUUUUUUUUUUUAAUUAACGUUAUGCGUUCCGUGCCGACAAUCGGACGGAUAUAUACUUUAUGUUCGCCCGAUUGUUACGCGCGAUGUUUAUAAAUAGAUUCACCUUGCCGUCCACAAACGAUGAUAAUAACGUAAUACAUACCAUAUCAGUUAAAUGAUAUAUUUUUUUUUAAUACGUAUAUAUAUAUAUAUAUAUAUAUAUAUUUAUUAUUAUUCUUUGUACGUAUUUCAAAAAAAAGAUCAUUUUCCGGUUGAAAAAUAGGCGGAUGAACGGAGUGACGAGAGAACAAGGAACGGGUACAUAUGAGAGGCGGCAUAGGCGUACCUCAUCCCAUACAGCAGACGUUACGAUGGAAAAUAGACUGAGAUGGUUUGGACAUAUCACGAGGCGAGAGAAAUUAGAAGGAAGAGAGAAGGAGGAAAACCGAAAAAGUGUAAGUGUAAGCGUGGAUGAUGUAUAAGGGAUCGAGUGCGAGGGUGGCUGACUAUAAAUAGUCGGGAAGAAGAUGAAGGCGAAGGAGAAAGCGUUUUUUUAGCGUUGAAUAAACAUUUUAAUAUAGAAUAUAUCAUAAAAUAUACCCUCUAGAUAAGAUUAGUUUUUUUUUUUUUUUUACGGCCCAUUUCUCUUUUUUCCUCCGUGUUCAACAAGUUUGUCUCAUUAAAUAAAUUAGUUCCGCCUUUUUUAUACUCUUUUCACGGGCAGUUUUUUUUUCUUUUUUUUUUUUCAUGUAAUUUUGCGAGUAAAGGUGGUAAUGCGGCAUAUGAAAUAUCGCUGUAAUUUCUCUUUGAUAAGGUAAGCCACAGUUGUCGGUAGACAGUUGAAAAGGUGGAACAAUCAAAAUAAUGCAUUGGUUGUUGGUCCCAAUUUGUUACCAGAAAACACUGCUGAUGUCCUUGAUUGUCGUGAGGAACUGAUGGAAAAGAUGUUUUCAGAAACAAAAGAACGUACAUUGUAAAAUCAAUAAAUUCCCGAGUUCACUGAGAAUCUAAAAAAAAUGUCUUCGGAUAUGGGUCGAUACUCGUUUUAUGUGUAUAAAAGUUUGACUCGUUUAAAUUUUAAAUAUCAUAUCACAGAAGAUUUUUGUAAUGAUGACGAGUAAUAGCUCGUGGUAAUGUUUUAUCCGAUAGACCAUUACCGGUACCGAUAGGCUCUAUAACUUACACGAUUGAAAAAUUACCUAAAAUAUAAAUUCGAUUUAAAAAAAAAAAAAAACUGUUUUAUUUUUACUAUUUAUUUCGUUAUUUUCAAACUAAUAUCAAUGUUACCAAAAUAUUACAUAAUAUUAUGCAUUUAAAAACCAUUAAUAUGCAAUGAAAGAUCGUAAAAUAAGAAAUAUGCAGUAGUCCAAAAAUAGUAAAAUAUGCAAAAUAAAACUUUGUAUUUAAUUUCUAUUGACUGUAAUUCAAACUUUUAGCUUAUCUCGCUACUUUUUGGAUUGUCUAAAAAAAAAAAAAAAAAUAGAACACGCAGAUGCGUGUAUAAAGCCGGGCCCUAGUAAUAAAAACGGCCAAAUACAAAAAUGACCCGACGGAAAAAUCGGACGUUUUUUCUGUGGUCAUUUUUGAUUUGACCAUUGUUAUACCUUCGAUUAUUAAAAACUAUUGUUACCAUUAUAGUAACUAACCGUCGUAAACAUAACUAUGCCAAAAGUACAAACGUGGUAGGCAAUGUAAUAAAGAUAAUAUUAAAUAAUAUAACGUUUUUCUGACGGAGGAAAAAAAAGGCCGAAUUUUUUCCACGGCCGUUUUUGUGUUCGGGUCAUCAUUCUGUAGGAUACCUAUUUUUCUUAAACGCACAGAGAUGUCUGAAAUGUUUUAUUUUUUCCAAUAACCUUAAAAAUCGACUCUUUUCAUUGUUAUUGUAUACAUGUUCGCAGGCAAGACGACGCAACUGUUGGCCAGCGUGUUCGCGGGAUGCUGUUUCGUCGGCGUGGCUGUUACCGCUACGUUCAUGACGCGCAUCCGGCUGUUUGGGCACUCGGCCACGUCGGACAAACGCAAGUCGGACAUCACCCGGUCGUUCAUAGCCAUCCGUGACGCGUUCCGCAACCCCAAACUCCAAAUGAUCGCCCCGCUGUCCGUGUUCAUAGGGCUCGAACAGGGUUUCAUCUACACCGACUUUACCAAGGUGGAUAGCGAUCCGUAGUGUGUACGGGGGGAUCGGAGGGAAAUCGGAUUAUCUCGACUUUUAGCCUUUUUUUUUUUUUUAAUGAAAAAACAUACGGGAAAACCGUGAGAUUAUAUUUUAAAAUAUAAUCAAUUCCGCUUUGGCCGUAUAAACUUCGUUAUAUGCCCGAAAAUAUGUAGGCCGGAUAACUUGUAAGUUGUAAGUAUUAUUGUAGGGACAUUGUUUUGAGAGGAGAAAUGUUUCUUGGAAAAACGAUACGAUAUACAUAUAGUAACAUACGAUUUAGGGUGAAAAACGGCGUUCGGUUUAGAAGGGAACUGCAGUUUUCUGUAGAAUAUUAUAUAUCAAAAAUUUUAACGGAAAAUUCCUCUAAAAACGUUCAGAUAUUUUUUAACUGGGAUUAUUUAAAAUGUAUGUACUUAUUAGCGUUAUUAAAAAAUACAGUUUCUGCCUUAAAACAAUUCACGGUGGCGGAUCACUUACAACUUAAACUACUAUUUCGAUAUUAAUAUUUCAUCUCUUUUGCAGUUUUACGUCGUGUGUUCGGUGGGCGUGUCGAACGUUCCAACGGUACUGCUGAGUUUAGGAGUGCUCCAGCUGGUGGCCGGGUUCACAGUCAGUCUGAUUUUGCAGCACUUCAAGAGAUAUCACAUAAUAAGUACGUUUCGCAUAAAAAUAGUUUUAUAAAUAUCUGGUCACUCUGGUAUAUACGGGCAGUGACGUGGUUGGUGAAUGAUAUUUGAUUUUCGGGCAACUCGGAUUAUCUACGAGUAAUACCCACCCUCAAAAUUAAAAAAAAUUAAAAAAAGGAGAUUUGACUUUAUACAAUACCACAAAUUAAACAUGCUAUAUACAAGUAUAUUGAAUAUAUUAUAUUAAUAUCUGUGUAUAUUUUAUGUUCUUUUAUGUUCUUUAAUAAAAAACCGAUAUUUGUUUGGUACACAUUAUAGGUGUCGUUUUUUGAAACACUUAGAGCGGGCCGCAUAAAGAUCAGUCUGUAACUUUACUAACGUGCCUGUAACUCACCAAACAUGUAACGUUUUAAUGGCGUAUAGACAAAAAAUUGAGUUGCAUAAAACAUUUCCAUUUUAUUGAUAUCCGACGUUACCGAAUAAAUUAUUUUACAUUUUAUUUGAUUACAAUGAUUACUGAUUACAUUAUCGAGUGUCAAUUAAUAAUAAAUAAAUAUUUCAAAAAUAUAUUCGAACCGCGAUUUAUAUUAUAUUAUUUGUUUGGUCUUUAAUGAUGGCUCCGAAAAGGGCAAGGCAAAACAACUUUAUUGGACGAGAAAAAUCGAUAUUAAUGGAAUUGAUAAUUCCACAUAAGGGGCGUAAUUGAAAAUAUUUAGGUAUUUGUUUGGCAGAUUAACUUAAUUAUAAAUAACAAUGUGCUAAGAAAAGUACAUAUUAAUAUAAAUUUUAGACUGGAUUUGUUAAUGGAAAAAAAAAAAAUCAGUCUUGGAAGGAAAUAACCAAGCUGUACAAUAUUAAUGAUACAGAAACUAGAAAUAGAAUAGUUUCAAAAAGAAAUUACGAUUCUUAAAUCACAAAUCUGUAAAAGUUACAGACAAAAAAUUGGACCCGAAAUAGUACAGGUUCAGUAGUCAAGAAAUUACAGACCCGUUAACGUUUACGAGCGUACUAGCGACAUUUAAUUUUUUUUUUUUUAACGGUCCAGUAGUGAAUUAAAGGCUCUGUAAACCGCUAAUGAACGUUUAUGCAACCCAGCCUGAGCACUUUUCGUGAUAAUAAUAAAACGUCGAGAAUUUCGUGCCGGGUGAUCGGAAUCGGUCUAAUUGAGAUCAGGCGACCACUGCACUGGCGGAUUGGGACCCGGGCGGGCCGCUACAGAAUCGCGCGUGGCCGUUGCUCGACAGAAUACCAAUAAAAAGCCGAACAUUUAACAUCUUUUGUGAUGAUUGGCCGGAUAUUUUAAAACGUAUACGCAUACGUUUGUCUAACCGUGUUUGUACAACCGUUUAAUAAACCCCACAGUGAUCGGAUGCGUGUUCCAUGCUUGUUUACUAAUGGUACUGAUAAAGUGGAAACCGUCCGGAGACGACGCCGCGCUACUGUACGUCAUAGCCGCAGCUUGGGGCGUGUGCAAUGCCAUCUGGGACACACUGAGUUUCAGUAAGUAUAACGACAAUGAUGAAUAUUAAUAAUCCGGCCGUACAGUGUAUACGACCCACUGUAAUGUAAUAUAAUAAAUUAUUCGUAACGACACUUAUUUGAAAUAUAAUUUACGAAACUCGCGAAAUAUGUAACGGCGAUCAAUAGAGUGUAGAGCUCGGAAACCGUAGUAGGUAAGUUUGCCAAAUUUUGCACACGAUAAGAAACCGGGAUAUGCGUUCAGGUCUAUAAAAUAUGCGAGUAUAAGACUCGAAGAGCGAUUUCGAAAAGCCGUACUCGAAAUCAACUCGCAAACUCUUAGACGCUAUUACGGGGUAGCAAACUAAUUGCUACGCCAUAGCCUAUAAUUAGUUUGAAAAAAAGUAUAAUUUUCUUAUUUUUUUUUUCAGAUUCCGGGCAUAGCGAGGGGAGCUAUUGGUUUUAAUAAGACGUUUAUUUUUUUUUCUCGCAUUCUUCUAGUCUGUACACACGUUUUUUUCCUAGUAAACUUGCUCUGAUUCUAACGUGUAACAGCUUUUCCCAAAAGCUCGAGUUGUCUAGAUUCAUUUGUUGAUUUUCAACGCCAUUUUUUAAACAGAAAGCUCUGAAGUGGGAAACACCGUAGGAAAACGCACAAUUUCGUGAUUUCAUUGUUUUAAAAAAACACGGACGACGUUUUCUACCAGAAAAAAAUGGUUUAAUUGAAAAAUCACAAGAUACUUUUUUUGACGCAUUUUAGAUUUACUUUCAUAUGGGUAUCAUCGCCAAAACUUUUGAGAUUUUAAAGAAUUUUAAUUUCUGGGAGUUUUUUGCUGUAAUUCGGCUAUAAACACGCGCGGAGACUUUAAAAUUGGUAACAAUGCUCCUAUUGGACUUAUUUAGACGUGGUCAAAUUUCCAAAAUCUUUGGAUCAAUUUUUUUUUUUUUUAUAAUAAGCGUUUUUAAAUUAGAUUUAAACGAAAUUCGCAAAACAAAUUACGGCGCUUUAAAUUAUGUAUUACUGAACUGCGCUCGGAAUCGUCUUUCGUUCAGCAAUGAUUUAUCGUCGCUUACAGAUAUAAAUGAAAUAACCUUAUGCGCCCUACCUUCUCAACUUUUCACCUAUAACAGUGGCCGCUCCCAUCCCCAGUAUCAGCUCUUUUUUUUUUUCCCCAUAAUAUUAUGAUCACACUAAUAUAAUUGUACGAUUGUACAAUCGGCUCUAUUGAAUUCGAACGUAUACUCUUUCCGACUCUUAUUAUCACCCAACUGAUUAUUUAAUAUAAUUCUAUAAUUAUUUGAUAUACGUUCACCUAAUUCUGAUGUGAAUAAUCGACUAGCACAUGGCGAUAAUCAACCGACUGCUCCGUCACAGCAUUAGACCGCAACCGAAUCAAAAAUGCUUAACUUUUUACGGGUUAUUUUUCCAUCGGUAUUUCUAGAUUUUCAGAACCGCUGGAACGAGAAAUUCGGCAAAAACUUUUUGCGUCCCGCACGCGAAUCGUCGACAAAAUCUGCGGGUGUACACUAUAUAAUAUAACACUGCAACAAACACAAGUUUCCGGCAGAACAAAAACUUUGUCCCAAGACAGACGUUCUGUCCCGGAUCUAAACCGAUUUCAAUUUAAAAUAAUGUACGCGAGUCCUAUUAUCUACUAUCGUGUGAAUUUAUGCCAUUUCGUUCCGACGACGUUUCCGUUUUCAUACGGAUUUCCGUUUUGCUCGAUAAUACCGUUGAAACUUUACAGUGUAGAUCGUAAAAUAGCCCCGUCCGAUGAAUCGUACAGCGUUUAGUCGUGAAUUUCUAGUAACGAUAUUUAAUUUUAAUUUCAGAAAUUCUUGAAAAUUUAAAAAUCUAUUUAAAAUAUUACGCAACGUCAAUUUGUACAUCAGUUAUUGCAGUUCGUUUUCUUCCCCUUGGCAUCAUAACUCUGAGGGUUUUGCCGUCACCGACAAUGCCCACCUGCCUUCAUGUGGUUGUGCGAUCCAUACAUUUCGCACCAAUUCACCUUGUUCGUGUAUCGCCUUUUGAUUUACCGUAAGGGCAUAGGGCGUGCGCAGAUCUGAAUUUCGGGGAGUGCAUAUGGAAUUAAUGGGCGUUUUUCUCAAUUUCGUUUUAACUAGACCGGGUAUACAUUUAAAAAAUCAUAAUGUACACAUAAACUGAUCAUAACAGGUUUUUCCGAGCAAAUUUAAAAUAUUUUACGUUUUAUUAUUAUUAUUAUUAUUUUUUUUUUUAUCACAAAACACGAUUUAAUUUUACCGCGUAUAUUCGAAUAUAUCACAUUUUACUCUAGUAAAAUCAGUUAAAAUACGGGGUCCAUGCUUCGGUACUUCAAUUUCAGAGCCCCCGAUUAUAAAAAAUGUGCCCGGGCACACCCGGCGCACCCCCGUUCGCACGUCUACGUGUAAUGGCCACUUGUAAGUUUGUCUCCAUUCAACCGUCACGCUUAGGUGCGCGGAUUCCAGUCUGCUCGUCACGCUCUACGUCCGGACCGUCGGCCGGAGCUCUCGCGGAGUUAUGAGGCCCGUAAAUCACGAUAACAUGCCGACGACGACGACGAGAACGAGACGAAAACUGGUGUCGAACAUUACAUUUUUUUUUUCCGACAUUUCGCGUGCUAUCGCCCUCGCGUUUACAGUGUUCGGCGAUUAGCGCGCGCGCGCGCGUUGAAAUUCAAAACGUACGAAAAGCCCCUCCGAUUAAAAAUAUCCGCGUUAUCUCGCCUUGCACAACGGGCGCGCGCACACCGCGACCGUUUCACUAGACGCCGCCGAAUCGCGUAAACGUGGCGUUUUUCCCGCGGACGACGAGUGAAUAUCCGUAACUAUUGCCGGUGGCUGCGUAUCGUAAUGACGCGAAUUAAUUGCGGCAGCCCGCCGCAAUCCUGCCGGCGUGUUCGCGUCGCGUGCGAUCGCGAAUAUUGCGGUUCCCAUCGCUAUGGUAAUGCGGCGUCCAUAGCGCGAGCAUAUUGAUUUAGCCCGUCGGUUAACAACUACGCCGUAGGUAAAACGACGUGUUUCCCGCGCCGGUCCCCCGCGUCCGUACAGAUAUGUUAUUAUUGUUAUUCACGGGAUUUCCCCUCACCCUCCCCCCCCCCACCACCCCCGUGUACCUUUACGGGACAUUACAGGUCGGACAGUUUCCGAACGCGGCGACGAUAAUCGACGUGUUGGUUUCGCUACGUUGGCGUGCGCGCGUUUUUUUUUUUAUUUAUUUAUUUUUUUAUUUUGUCCGUCCGCCAACAACAUUUCUAGCCACUCGCGCCGAUUUCGCGGGAGCGGGAGCUCCGUCUACGUGACGGACGCGAAUUUCGUCCAGUCCCGGCACGCGCAUUCGAGGCGUUCGUUUUUCGAGUUUCUUUUUUUUUUUAGCGGUCUCUAUUUAUCGGGAAAACGAAAGAGUAUACCUGCGCAACACAGCGGUUCCCGUUGGUAUUUUCGGAUUUCACUGUUCGAAUUGUAAUCCCGUUAAACCGUUCGUUGAAUAACGCGCGAACAACACAAUACGUCCGCCGAGAGCGGCGCUUGGUGGCGAGGAAAAAAAAAAAAAAGAAAAAAAUGUCGCAACGUUUCUCUCACAAAAAACGAAAACGCGCGGAAAUUCGAGACGUGAAACGCGGACGGUUGCAAUUUAUCUUCGCCCGCUCCGCGUGCGUACGAAUACGUUCGUCUACCGAUCGAGCGCGCGCUGCACGUCCGCGGCCGUUGACCGCGCCCGUGCACAUACGCCAUUGCGAUAAUCAACAACAGCCGAUCACUGAUCGAUUAACGUCCGUUUUUGCAGACUUUGUCGUCUCCCUGUACCCGGACAACUGGCACGGGCCCAUGGCCCACGCGUACUUCUUCCAGUACGGCGGCAUGGCGCUGGCGUUCGGGCUGCACGGCGCCGUGUGCAACGCCACCAAGCUGUACUGCAUGUCGGGCGCCCUGGCCGUGGCGGUCGCGCUGUACGGCUGGCUGGAGUGGCGGCUCCGGUUGACGCGCAGACGUCGCCUCGCGGCCCCGGCCAACCGGUCAUGA